CACCCAGCCCGCCGGCUCCAAAUCCCAACCUCCAGCCCCAGCAGAGGCUCUGUCACUACGCAGCAGAUGGGGCUGAGGUCCCCUUGGCCUGGGCCUUCUCUGACUGGAGCACCAGGGUCGCCAGUUGAAGUUCCUCCACAGAGGAAAGACCGGGCUGCGAUGGGGUUACCAGGCCGUGACAACAGGGCUGUCCCGCUAAUGCAGGGUCACGCCGAGGUUGGGAGGUGUUGGGGGGCGAGUUGUUGCGUUACCUCUUCACGCCCUUGUCCCGUACCCAAGGCCUGGCCGGGCAGGCUGUAUCCUGAUCUCCCACAUUGCAUUUUGGAGCAGAAGCAAGGGCAGUGAGAGCUGAACGGAGCCCAUUGUGUGCCCAGGAGAAGGAGUCAUUUGGGAAGGCGAGGUUUAGGUUACCACAAGGAGGUUCUACAUUGUGGAGGAAAGAACAGGAGAGGAGGGCAGGGCAUAGGGGGAGGUUAGAGGGUUGAUAUGGAGUGGCCCACUCUGGGGAUUGAAUGACUGUUGCACUGAGCUCACCCGGAAUCCAGUCCAGGACCUUUUUUUGGAAGGUCAAGCUUGAUGGGCUCUCCAGAACUUCUGAUGUUCAAUGCACCAGACUUUGUUCCCACAAAAUACCCUCACCUGUCACUGUGGUCCCACAGAAACUGUUGAUGUAAUGCUUUUUGACUUAUUGAAGUAACUGGAUCAGUCCGUUUCAACCAUUACUAUUUUAUUUUCUCAGACCAUUUAGAAGUAAACCUCCUUGUCAGCAAGACUGUGUUCCUGGAAAUAUCUCCGUCAUCCUGUCCUUCAUUGAGGCAUAGAUGUGUGCUACCUUACAUGGGGCAAAUAUGCAAUGUCACCUUAGCUGAGCUCAGUAUGAAAAAAACGAUUAUACAACACUGUCCCUAUUCCCAGUGAGCUAAAUGGAGGGAAAGUGAAAGACCUUUAUCCGCUCACUAUCAUGUCCUUGUUGGCUAAUGAAUUGUGUGUGGGCGGGUGAGUGUGUGUGUGUGAGUGAAUACAUGCGAGAGUGGGAGUUCAAGUGAGAAAAUCAGGCCUAUUGUCCCCAUCUCAAUGUCUCCCACUUCUCCUCGUCCUCGACAUUUCCCAAAACACCGUCCGUUAGCACAGGAGGAUCCCGGUCCCGGCAGGCCCACUGGGAUCAUGUUGUUUUUUUCUCCCCUUUUGUGUGUCACUCUCUUUUCACAAGUUGAUAAAGAGUAUGUGCAUUUACACAACAACAUGGGAGGAGUAAAAUAAUCCACCACAGAGAGCCCCUAUACUGGUCAAUGGGAGCCCCGGGUCAGCCCUCAGUCCUGCAGCCUUUCAAAUCAAAUUUUAUUUGUCACAUGCGCCGAAUACAACAGGUACCUUACAGUGAAAUGCUUACUUACAAGCCCUUCACCAACAAUGCAGUUUUAAGAAAGAAUACCAAAAAAAUGCAAAUAGUCUGGGUAGCCAUUUGAUUAGAUGUUCAGGAGUCUUAUGGCUUGGGGGUAGAAGCUGUUUAGAAGCCUCUUGGACCAAGACUUGGCGCUCCGGUACCGCUUGCUGUGCGGUAGCAGAGAGAACAGUCUAUGACUAGGGUGGCUGGAGUCUUUGUAAAUUUUUAGGGCCUUCCUCUGACAGCGCCUGGUAUAGAGGUCUUGGAUGGCAGGAAGCUUGGCCCCAGUGAUGUACUGGGCCAUACGCACUACCUUCUGUAGUGCCUUGCGGUCGGAGACCGAGCAGUUGCCAUACAAGGCAGUGAUGCAACCAGUCAGGAUGCUGUCGAUGGUGCAGCUGUAGAACCUUUUGAGGAUCUGUGGACCCAUGCCAAAUCUUUUCAGUCUCCUUAGGGGGAAUAGGUUUUGUCAUGCCCUCUUCACGACUGUCUUGGUGUGUUUGGACCAUGUUAGUUUGUUGGUGAUGUGGACACCAAGGAACUUGAAGCUCUCAACCUGCUCCUCCACAGCCCCGUCGAUGAGAAUGGGGGCGUGCUCGGUCCUCUUCUUUUUCCUGUAGUCCACAAUCAUCUCCUUUGUCUUGAUCAAGUCAUGAGUGAACAGGGAGUACAGGAGGGGACUGAGCACGCACCCCUGAGGGGCCCCCGUGUUGAGGAUCAGCGUAGCAGAUGUGUUGUCACCUAUCCUUAACUACUGGGGGCGGCCGUCAGGAAGUCCAGGAUCCAGUUGCAGAGGGAGGUGUUUAGUCCCAGGGUCCUUAGCUUAGUGAUGAGCUUUGAGGGCACCAUGGUGUUGAACGCUGAGCGGUAGUCAAUUAAUAGCAUUCUCACAUACAGUGGGGAGAACAAGUAUUUGAUACACUGCCGAUUUUGCAGGUUUUCCUACUUACAAAGCAUGUAGAGGUCUAUAAUUUUUAUCAUAGGUACACUUCAACUGUGAGAGACGGAAUCUAAAACAAAAAUCCAGAAAAUCACAUUGUAUGAUUUUUAAGUAAUUAAUUUGCAUUUUAUUGCAUGACAUAAGUAUUUGAUCACCUACCAACCAGUAAGAAUUCCGUCUCUCACAGACCUGUUAGUUUUUCUUUAAGAAGCCCUCCUGUUCUCCACUCAUUACCUGUAUUAACUGCACCUGUUUGAACUCGUUACCUGUAUAAAAGACACCUGUCCACACACUCAAUCAAACAGACUCAAACCUCUCCACAAUGGCCAAGACCAGAGAGCUGUGUAAGGACAUCAGAGAUAAAAUUGUAGACCUGCAAAAGGCUGGGAUGGGCUACAGGAAAAUAGGCAAGCAGCUUGGUGAGAAGGCAACAACUGUUGGCGCAAUUAUUAGAAAAAGUUCAAGAUGACGGUCAAUCACCCUCGGUCUGGGGCUCCAUGCAAGAUCUCACCUCGUGGGGCAUCAAUGAUCAUGAGGAAGGUGAGGGAUCAGCCCAGAACUACACGUCAGGACCUGGUCAAUGACCUGAAGAGAGCUGGGACCACAGUCUCAAAGAAAACCAUUAGUAACACACUACGCCGUCUUGGAUUAAAAUCCUGCAGCACACGCAAGGUCCCCCUGCUCAAGCCAGCGCAUGUCCAGGCCCGUCUGAAGUUUGCCAAUGACCAUCUGGAUGAUCCAGAGGAGGAAUGGGAGAAGGUCAUGUGGUCUGAUGAGACAAAAAUAGAGCUUUUUGGUCUAAACUCCACUCGCCGUGUUUGGAGGAAGAAGAAGGAUGAGUACAACCCCAAGAACACCAUCCCAACCGUGAAGAAUGGAGGUGGAAACAUCAUUCUUUGGGGAUGCUUUUCUGCAAAGAGGACAGGACAACUGCACCGUAUUGAGGGGAGGAUGGAGGGGGCAUGUAUCGCGAGAUCUUGGCCAACAACCUCCUUCCCUCAGUAAGAGCAUUGAAGAUGGGUCGUGGCUGGGUCUUCCAGCAUGACAACGACCCGAAACACACAGCCAGGGCAACUAAGGAAUGGCUCCGUAAGAAGCAUCUCAAUGUCCUGGAGUGGCCUAGCCAGUCUCCAGACCUGAACCCAAUAGAAAAUCUUUGGAGGGAGCUGAAAGUCUGUAUUGCCCAGCGACAGCCCCGAAACCUGAAGGAUCUGAAGAAGGUCUGUAUGGAGGAGUGGGCCAAAGUCCCUUGCUGCAGUGUGUGCAAACCUGGUCAAGACCUACAGGAAACGUAUGAUCUCUGUAAUUGCAAACAAAGGUUUCUGUACCAAAUAUUAAGUUCUGCUUGUCUGAUGUAUCAAAUACUUAUGUUAUGCAAUAAAAUGCAAAUUAAUUACUUAAAAAUCAUACAAUGUGAUUUUCUGGAUUUUUGUUUUAGAUUCCGUCUCUCACAGUUUAAGUGUACCUAUGAUAAAUUACAGACCUCUACAUGCUUUGUAAGUAGGAAAACCUGCAAAAUCGGCAGUGUAUCAAAUACUUGUUCUCCCCACUGUAGGUGUUCCUUUUGUCCAGGUGUGAAAGGGCGGUGUGGAGCGCAAUAGAGAUUGCAUCAUCUGUGGAUCUGUUGGGGCGGUAUGCAAAUUGGAGUGGGUCUAGGGUUUCUGGGAUAAUGGUGUUGAUGUGAGCCAUUGCCAGCCUUUCAAAGCUCUUCAUGGCUACAUAUGUGAGUGGUACGGUCGGUAGUCAUUUAGGCAGGUUACCUUAGUGUUCUUGGGCACAGGGACUAUGUUGGUCUGCUUGAAACAUGUUUGGUAUUACAGACUGAGACAGGGAGAGGUUGAAAAUGUCAGUGAAGACACCUGCCAGUUGGUCAGCGCAUGCUCGGAGUACACGUCCUGGUAGUCCGUCUGGCCCUAUGGCCUUGUGAAUGUUGACCUGUUUAAAGGUCUUACUCACAUCGGCUACGAAGAGCGUGAUCACACAGUCGUCCGGAACAGCUGAUGCUCUCAUGAUGUCAGGAAGCAACAUUACACAUUCAGUGGGAGAAAUGGAAUUUAGAGCAUGGCAAUAGCCACCCUAUUUUGCCAGUAUGUAAUCUAGAGCCAGUUCAUGCCUAGCAGUUACUGCCUUCAAAUUCUGGACAUCAGCUGAGAGGAGGGCGAAACCAGUAAUGGUCAGAUUCAGAUGUGCCUGCAUGGAGUAGGAAAUGUUAUUAAUCCAAUCCCCAAAAACGUUCAUCCCAACCCCAGGGAAAAGAGAUAAGCCAAAGAGCUCACCAUUACUCAGGGAGAAACCAUCAGCCAAAUUAUUAUGGGCCAUAACUUUCUUAACUCUCCCUGAUGAUUUCCUAGUAGUAUUGCGUUUAGCAUCCAAUAGCAUUAGUAGGGGAAUAGUGGCCAGCUGUAAUUGGGUCUGGCCAAGGUAACAACAGCCAUUCCAUGCACUAGGCAACUGCAAAAAACCUCUAUCUCCACAAAUCCACAUAAAACCAUUUGGGGCUCCCAAUCCGGAUUCAACAGCAGAUAUACAGUGAGGGAAAAAAGUAUUUGAUCCCCUGCUGAUUUUGUACGUUUGCCCACUGACAAAGAAAUGAUCAGUCUAUAAUUUUAAUGGUAGGUUUAUUUGAACAGUGAGAGACAGAAUAACAACAAAAAAAUCCAGCAAAACGCAUGUCACAAAUGUUACAAAUUGUUUUGCAUUUUAAUGAGGGAAAUAAGUAUUUGACCCCCUCUCAAUCAGAAAGAUUUCUGGCUCCCAGGUGUCUUUUAUACAGGUAACGAGCUGAGAUUAGGAGCACACUCUUAAAUGGAGUGCUCCUAAUCUCAGUUUGUUACCUGUAUAAAAGACACCUGUCCACAGAAGCAAUCAAUCAAUCAGAUUCCAAACUCUCCACCAUGGCCAAGACCAAAGAGCUCUCCAAGGAUGUCAGGGACAAGAUUGUAGACCUACACAAGGCUGGAAUGGGCUACUAGACCAUCGCCAAGCAGCUUGGUGAGAAGGUGACAACAGUUGGUGCGAUUAUUCGCAAAUGGAAGAAACACAAAAUAACUGUCAAUCUCCCUUGUCCUGGGGCUCCAUGCAAGAUCUUACCUCGUGGAGUUGCAAUGAUCAUGAGAACGGUGAGGAAUCAGCCCAGAACUACACGGGAGGAUCUUGUCAAUGAUCUCAAGGCAGCUGGGACCAUAGUCACCAAGAAAACAAUUGGUAACACACUACGCCGUGAAGGACUGAAAUCUUGCAGCGCCCGCAAGGUCCAUCUGCUCAAGAAAGCACAUAUACAGGCCCGUCUGAAGUUUGCCAAUGAACAUCUGAAUGAUUCAGAGGAGAACUGGGUGAAAGUGUUGUGGUCAGAUGAGACCAAAAUCGAGCUCUUUGGCAUCAACUCAACUCACCGUGUUUGGAGGAGGAGGAAUGCUGCCUAUGACCCCAAGAACACCAUCCCCACCAUCAAACAUAGAGGUGGAAACAUUAUGCUUUGGGGGUGUUUUUCUGCUAAGGGGACAGGACAACUUCACCACAUCAAAGGGACGAUGGAUGGGGCCAUGUACCGUCAAAUCUUGGGUGAGAACCUCCUUCCCUCAGCCAGGCCAUUGAAAAUGGGUCGUGGAUGGGUAUUCCAGCAUGACAAUGACCCAAAACACACGGCCAAGGCAACAAAGGAGUGGCUCAAGAAGAAGCACAUUAAGGUCCUGGAGUGGCCUAGCCAGUCUCCAGACCUUAAUCCCAUAGAAAAUCUGUGGAGGGAGCUGCAGGUUCGAGUUGCCAAACGUCAGCCUCGUAACCUUAAUGACUUGGAGAAGAUCUGCAGAGAGGAGUGGGACAAAAUCCCUCCAGAGAUGUGUGCAAACCUUUGUGGCCAACUACAAGAAACGUCUGACCUCUGUGAUUGCCAACAAGGGUUUUGCCACCAAGUACUAAGUCAUGUUUUGCAGAGGGGUCAAAUACUUAUUUCCCUCAUUAAAAUGCAAAUCAAUUUAUAACGUUUUUGACAUGCGUUUUUCUGGAUUUUUUUGUUGUUAUUCUGUCUCUCACUGUUCAAAUAAACCUACCAUUAAAAUUAUAGACUGAUCAUGUCUUUGUCAGUGGGCAAACGUACAAAAUCAGCAGGGGAUCAAAUACUUUUUUCCCUCACUGUAGGUAUUCUGGUGAUUGACUCAGAAUAGGUGAGUGCAUGGUGGACAUCAAGCGAGCAUCUAUCAGUAGGUGGCAGGCCUGCAUAUCUUUUACAAGUUUCUGAGAACCCAACAGAGACAUUCCCAUCACUACAGAGGCAGAGUGGAGGCCUAUAGGUAGGGUGAAGGUUAGUAAGUAAAGGUUCUAUUUUAUUUUUUCCAAUGGUUAGGGGCAAUGGGUAAGGGGGAUGCAUAGAACACUCAACAGCUGAUGAGACGUUAUAGAUCCUUGAUGUAUAUCUCAUCCCCUUGAGGCAGACCUCUAGACCUGUUCUAAGGCUGAGUCAUCACUGGGGAGUAUAUUUUUUUAACACCAAUGGUGCGGUUGGAUAGUCUGGAGUAUUCUUGUGCUACAUAGAGCUGCAGGCAUUGGGGCUGGUUGUUAGUACCCCUCACACUUUGGUGGAGGUAGGAAAGAACAGCACACAAAGUUUGCUGGUCUGAGAGUGGAAUUUCACUCUGGCUCUGGGGAUUCUUUAACACUAUAACAUAGGAACCAUUUGGUGCUGCCUGCCUGCUCAAAUUUUUGACCAUAUUAACCCAUUGGUUGCUGGUCUUUAGUUAGUUUCCCUGUAUUUCUAUCCCCGCUAUAUAAGGCAUUUGGCUCAGGGUAAGAAGUAACAUCAGUGCAAAUCCUACUGGUUUAACAAAGCCCAUAGUUCUAGCAAUGUUGCCAUCAUGGUCAUGGGUAAUAACCUUAACCUCCACGAGGUCUUGCUUAUCUGCUAAGGUCUUGGCGUCGUCUUCUGGCAGUGGGACAGGUGGUUCCAUCCCUGACGUUACUGGACCUUCACUGCCGAUAGGGUUGCAGCGAUGACUUGGUAAUGUCCCAUCCAUCUUGGUUGGCUCCACUUCCUCUUGUGGAUCUUCAGCUUGAUCUAUUCUCCGAUAUCUACCGGGAGUUCGUCUGGUGGGCCCUGUUCCGGAGUCUCCUGAGUUUUCCUGUGUUGAGAGUGAAGAAAUCUAACAGCAUGGGUCAGUUCUUUCAUGUACUUACACAAAUCAUCAUCCAGUGUUGUCAAGUCAGUCUGUCGUGGUGUCAUAGGCCUAUGUAUAGGGACGUUCAUUGGUCGGCCAGUUAAGAGCUCGUGUGGGCUAAGCCCUGUACCAUGGUCAAUGCUGCUACGCAUUUUCAUCAAGACUAAGGGAAGGCAUUCCACCCAAGAUCUCCCUGUGGAGUGGCAUGCCUUAGCAAGCCCCCCUUUGAUCGUUUGGUUAGCCCUUUCGGUAAUCCCGUUACUCUGUGAGUGAUAGAUGCAAACAAACUUUUGAUCUAUCCCUAGCUGGGUGGCCACCUGAGCAACCACAUCUACAGUGAAAUGGGUGCCAUUGUCUGCAGAUAAAGUUUCUGGUAUUCCAAAUCUGGGAAUCACUUCCCUUACCAGAAUAUUUGCUACAGUUUUAGCAUCACAAUGUAUAGUGGGAAAAGCUUCAACCCACCUGGUGAAGCGGUCAAUUAUCACCAGGCAGUAUCUUUUCCUCUCCUUUCGUUCAGCCAUGUCUAUGAAAUCCGUAGUCAAAUGGGUGAACGGGCCAGCGCUGGAAAUUUCCCUGGUUUCAGGGGGGUACCUUUACCAAUGUUGUAUUGCGUGGUAUCCACUGGCCCCUACCCCUUUGAUGGAAUGUUUGUUGUGGGGGUAGGAGGGGACACGUGGUCUUUGUGUGACCAGGUGUCCCACAAUGCCAGCAGACGAUUGGCUGCCGUUGUUGAGGCAUAUAGGGUUGUGGAUUUCCAAAUGCUUGAGGAGGGAACUGCUGAGUUGCUGGUGGUUGUUAAAACUGUUCGCCAGCCGGCUGGUAGGGUGGUGUUACAGGUCCUGAAGGAGGGACAGGUGGCAGAACGGGUACUGGAGGUGCAGCCACCAUCAGGUUACUUGGUUUACUUUUAUCCAGCUGAGCUAGUUGAGCCUUUUUCAGUCGCAAGUCAAUGCCACUUUUUCUUGACCUUUCUUCCUUCUUCAUCUUUCUCCAGGCUCUACAAUGGUGUCUGAUGUGGUCUGCCUUCCCUGGGCCAUCAAGCCUGUCCCACCCUACAGUGUUUGACAGUUUGUCUCACCCAUUUAGGUAGGUUUCGGCAUGCUCUGUCAUAGAAUACGUUUUCAGUAGUUUCAGUAGAAUCAAAUCUCUCUGUGGUUUCUCCAUGCCACUCAGUCUUCAUUCUGUCCAUCCAGUCCAAGAUUUCAUCGUCUUCGGUAUAUAUUAUCUCACCCAGUCUAGAGACGUCUCUGGUGGUGGGAACAUUUCCCUCAAUUGUUGAUAGAGAGCCUGCCUGAAGUGGGUUAAGGGCAAUUCCACUUGGCCUCCUACCAGGUUAACACUAUGCCAUACAGUAUCACAUUGGCCUGGGGUCAAGACCUUUGAUAUGAGAGCUUUAAGAUCUCCCAUGCACAACUGAUGGUGUGAUGCUAUCACGGUCUCAAUGGUGUGUAUCUAUCUGUCAGCCCCUUUCGAUACACGAGGUAGUUGUUUUGCAGCCUCCAAAUCUCCAUGGUUUAUAGUCGUAAUAUGGUGUACCUGUCCCUGAGGUCUUUAUCACCAAAGGGUAAGAGGUCUGCGGUGCGAUUUCAUCUUCUUCUGCAAUAUAGUCUUGUAGGGCAAAUCCCACUGGGUCCUUUCCUUGCAAUCUCAAAGAGGAGCGAGCUGGAGUUGUUCGAAACUCUUCUCUGAUAGAGCCUCUGCAUUCAGCCACCACUUUGGUUGGUGCCUUUAGCUGUUCACUUGAUCUGUUCAGCUUGUCCCUUAGAGUUGAGUCAUCAUGUUCACUCUGAUACUCAGCUGCUCCUGACUGUGAGGACUUCCAUCUUUCCUUAGUCUCUUCUCUUGUUUCACCUACGCCAUCAUACUUGCUUUCUCUUUCUCUAUCACGUUCUUUGUCUCUUCUUUUUUCUUUCUCUUUUGCACUUCUGUCCUUUUCUUUUCUCUCCUUUUCUCUUUUUCUUUCUUUGAGACAUCUCUCCUCUUCUCUUCUCUCUCUCUCUCUCUCUCUCUCUCCUCUCUUCUUCCUCAUCCUCGUCUUUAUAACGUAGCUUUUUCAUGGCAAUUGCUCUGUUGGCGUUUGUUCUGAUUCUUUUGUCUUCAGCUUCCAUUAGGUCUCGGGCAGUAGUGACUUUAGGAUAGAGGGAAGUGGUGAUUGGUGUUGAAUGACUUCUCGUAUCCUUCAUUAUGUCCCCCAGCUCCUGAUACAUCUCACCCUUUUGUAGGGGUGGAAAAUCGCUGUCAUCACGUCUUGACAGUGAAUCAGAGCCCUGAUCUUCACCGUCCAUCAGAGUAAUUUCUCCCCGAAUAACAACUCUCAAUCCUCCACCUGCGCUGCUCUCAGAGGCUGUUCCUUCAAUGCCAACGGACACUCCUUCUCUUGGGCCCUAAUCACGAGGCAGAAUCGUUAAUCAGCGGAUAGGUCCCUUUAAACUCAUCUCCAUUGUAUGGGGGUGGAGGAGCAUAUGGUGGAGUGCUACACUCCAGUGGAGCCUCUCUACUUUGAGAGAGGUCACUUCUUUCUUCAGGCAGGUUGCUUUCUGCUGGCACCAGAAUAGGUUGCCCUCAGUCUUCAAUAUGGAUAGUGCCGUUACAGAGAACAAUGUGGAUUUCUUCUUUCCUUUCUUCUUAUCACUCUGUCUUCUAGUCACAAUAUCUAAGACAUGUUGAUAUUUAGUUUUAUUAAAUUACCCGUCUAUGGGCCAUCUGUAGUCCAGGGCAUUUUGGUCCAAUCAUGCCAUUUCUUAAAAACCCAGAUAAAGUCUUUUUCCAUGGUUGGGUAUUUUCCUGCCAGAAAUUGCAAAGGAGUGGAGGGCUUCAUAGCAAUGGGGUCCUCAGGUAGACUUGAGAUCCCUUCUGUCAUAUCUCAAAAACCCUUUUUUAUUUAGGUUCUGCGUUUAAUAAAACUAAACAAUGUGUAUAAUAUCUCCUAUAUAAGUAUGUAAUAUGCAACUUGUCCUCUAAGUCAUGUAAGUCUGUUCAAAGCAGGGUGGUAAUUAAACUUUAACUGUAUCCCAUGCAAUAUAUGGGAAGUGGAAAACAAACCCCCUCCGUCAAGCAACCACGGUAUAGUAAAAGGCUCAAGGGGACUCAAAAAUGGGCACAAAUCUUGGCGUGACCUCUACUAUUAUUCGGGUAUAAUCAGGAUAAUUCUCUUCCUCCAGAGGGGAAACUAUCACUUCAAAACUACACUACCGGUCAAAAGUUUUAGAACACCUAUACUCAUUCAAGGGUUUUAACACAUAUGGAAUCAUGUAGUAACCAAAAAAGUGUUAAACAAAUCAAAAUAUAUUUUAUAUUUGAGAUUCUUCAAAUAGCCACUGUUUUGCCUUGAUGACAGCUUAGCACACUCUUGGCAUUCUGUCAACCAGCUUAACCUGAAAUUCUUUUCCAUCAAUCUUGAAGGAGUUCCCACAUAUGCUGAGCACUUGUUGGCUGCUUUUCCUUCACUCUGCGGUCCGACUCAUUCCAAACCAUCUCAAUUUGGUUGAGGUCGGGGGAUUGUGGAGGCCAGAUCAUCUGAUGCAGCACUCCAUCACUCUCCUUCUUGGUAAAAUAGCCCUUACACAGCCUGGAGGUGUGUUGGGUCAUUGUCCUGUUGAAAAACAAAUGAUAGUCCCACUAUGCCCAAACCAGAUGGGAUGGCGUAUCGCUGCAGAAUGCUGUGGUAGCCAUGCUGGUUAAGUGUGCCUUGAAUUCUAAAUAAAUCACAGACAGCGUCACCAGCAAAGCACCCCCACACCAUAACAACUCCUCCUCCAUGCUUUACGGUGGGAAAUACACAUGUCUGUUACUUGAACUCUGUGAAGCAUUUAUUUGGGCUGCAAUUUCUGAGGCUGGUAGCUCUAAUGAACUUAUCCUCUGCAGCAGAGGUAACUCUGGGUCUUCCAUUCCUGUGGCGGUCCUCAUGCGAGCCAGUUUUAUCAUAGCGCUUGAUGGUUUUUGCGACUGCACUUUCAAAGUUCUUGAAAUGUUCCGUUUUGACUGACCUUCAUGUCUUAAAGUAAUGAUGGACUGUCAUUGCUCUUUGCUUAUUUGAGCUAUUCUUGCAAUAAUAUGGACUUGGUCUUUUACCAAAUAGGGCUAUCUUUUGUAUACCCCCCUACCUUGUCACAACACAACUGAUUGGCUCAAACGCAUUAAGAAGGAAAGAAAUUCCAUAAAUUUACUUUUAAGAAGGCACACCUGUUUAUUGAAAUGCAUUCCAGGUGACUUCCUCAUGAAGCUGGUUGAGAGAAUGCCAAGAGUGUGCAAAGCUGUCAUCAAGGCAAAGGUGGCUAUUUGAAGAAUCUCAAAUCUCAAAUAUAUUUUGAUUUGUUUAACACUUUUUUGGUUACUACAUGAUUACAUUUGUGUUAUUUCAUAAUUUUGAUGUCUUCACUAUUAUUCUACAAUGUAGAAAAUAGUAAAAAUAAAGAAAAACCCUUGAAUGAGUAGGUGUUCUAAAACUUUUGACCAGUAGUGUACGUCUCCUCAAAAUGGCAUAAGUAAGUAACACACGGGUAGUUCUAUUUCCUAAUACAGCAAUGGUGUAUGCACUAAGGUUUAUUCCCCCACAGGCAAUCCUUCUAGCAUCAGAAUCAAAUAACCACUCGGUCAAUUCCACCACAUGGGCUUGAUACACAGUAUGAUUAACUCCUGAUCUAAUAUCCCACCAUCUAUCCAUAACACACAAAAUACAUCAUAAAUAAAACAUGAAUAGUUCUAUACUUUCCCAAAACGAUCCUCAAAAUCAUUCAACUCUUAAAAUAAAUGGCGUUUUAUACUUGGAAUUUAUGCCCUAAAUCCUAUCAACAAGUCUCAUCAAAUGGCUUUUAUACUCUGAAUUUAUGCCCUAAGUCCUAUCACCGAGUCUCAUCACUCUCUCAGAGUCAUAACCAUACACUCAUACACUAUUGGCCCUCCUGUAGCUCAGUUGGUAGAGCAUGGCGCUUGCAACGCAAGGGUUGUGGGUUCGUUUCCCACGGGGGGCCAGUAUGAAAAAUGUAUGCACUCACUAAUUGUAAGUCGCUCUGGAUAAGAGCGUUUGCUAAAUGACUAAAAUGUCAAUUGGAUCACAAAAAAAUAAAAUAAAACUCUAACAGACGUAACGUAGGAAUUUCUACCCUAUUUCCACCUAGGCGGUCUGUGGUUCCUUCUAUGUGGUGAGAACAAAUUCACUGUCACUCUCAGUCAUAUAAUAUUCAGAAUUUAGGUUCGUAUAAAUUUAUCAGCGAAGCGCCACUUACUUGCCAGAAUGACUCAUUAACCACAACGUGCAAUACCAAAUUACAGACUUUAGAUAUAACAGGCAUCUGCUUACCUUGUAAUUUGUAGGCCUGGCACGUGGAUCAAUGGUCACUCCAGCGAAGUGGUCACUCGCUCCUGGCAAGCUCGCCAAAGUGUUCAACUGAUGAUCAGGUGUAAUAAUGCUCAAAUCAAUAUAUGGUGGUAAGAAGGAAACACAGACACUUCGUCAAAGUAUUCAGAUUAUUCUUUAAUUAAUGCAAUUGCAGGCAGAACUUAGUACAGAGUACAAUAUUGAUAGCUCUCCCCAAGUUCUGCGAGGUGUCUAAGACAUCCUGUAACUUAUAAAGCCUCCCCAACCCUUCCUAGUGUGACUUCCCCUAACAACAACAGCUUAAUACAUCUACCUAUCCCUGACAGCGCCAAUCAUCUUGUCAGUAUUUUAUAGCUUCAAAAACAUGGGCUUGACCGAUUCUUGACUUCUCAUACAGAAACUUAACAAUAUAAUCUUGUGACAUUUAACAUUUCAUAAAGGAGAAGUAAGAGGCUUCUAGCGCGAGGGGAUAUUUUUGUGAUUAGGCGCAGCGUCCUCUUUUCACAGAACCAGACAGCUUGGGUGUUUCAUUGAUUGUAAGAAGCUGAUAGCAAGAAGUUAAACCCCUUCACUAUGCUAGCAAAACAGUCCUGUAGCUUAGUAUCUGCUUCAUCUGACCACUUUUUUUAUUGACCGAGUCACUGGUGCUUCCUGCUUUAGUUUUUGCUUGUAAGCAGGAAUCAGGAGGAUAUAAUCAUGCUCAGAUUUGCCAAAUGGAGGACAAGGGAGAGCUUUGUACGCAUCUCUGUGUGUGGAGUAAAGGUGGUCCAGAGUUUUUUCCCCUCUGGUUGCACAUUUAACAUGCUGGUAGAAAUUAGGAUAUAGAUGGAAAUUCUCUUGGUUGAUAGUGUGGUCCACAGCUUACCAUGAGAUACUCUACCUCAGGCGAGCAAAAUAUAGUUUUCAUUUAUAUUCUUCGUAGCUGUCUAUUUACCACCACAAACCGAUGCUGGCACUAAGACCGCUCUCAAUUAACUGUAUACGGCCAUAAGCAAACAGGAAAACACUCAUCCAGAGACGGCGCUCCUAGUGUCCGGGGACUUUAAUGAAGGUAAAUUUAAAUCAGUUUUACCUCACUGGGCUUGCAAACUAUUACAGACUACAAAGGGAAGCACAGCCGCAAGCUGCCCAGUGACACGAGCCUACCAGACGAGCUAAAUUACUUCUAUGCUCGCUUCGAGGCAAGUAACACUGAAACAUGCAUGAGAGCAUCAGCUGUUCCGGACGACUGUGUGAUCACGCUCUCCGUUGCUGAUGUGAGUAAGACCUUUAAACAGGUCAACAUUCACAAGGCCGCAGGGCCAGAUGGAUUACCAGGAUGUGUACUCCGAGCAUGCGCUGACCAACUGGCAGGUGUCUUCACUGACAUUUUCAACCUCUCCCUGUCUCAGUCUGUAAUACCAACAUGUUUCAAGCAGACCACUAUAGUCCCUGUGCCCAAGAACACUAAGGUAACCUGCCUAAAUGACUACCGACCUGUACCACUCACAUCUGUAGCAAUGAAGUGCUUUGAAAGGCUGGCCAUGGCUCACAUCAACACCAUUAUCCCAGAAACCCUAGACCCACUCCAAUUUGCAUACCGCCCCAACAGAUCCACAGAUGAUGCAAUCUCUAUUGUGCUCCACACUGCCCUUUCACACCUGGACAGAAGGAACACCUAUGUGAGAAUGCUAUUCAUUGACUACAGCUCAGCGUUCAACACCAUAGUGCCCUCAAAGCUCAUCACUAAGCUAAGGACCCUGGGACUAAACACCUCCCUCUGCAACUGGAUCCUGGACUUCCUGACAGGCCACCCCCAGGUGGUAAGGGUAGGUAACAACACAUCUACAUUUACAUUUACAUUUUAGUCAUUUAGCAGACGCUCUUAUCCAGAGCGACUUACAGGAGCAAUUAGGGUUAAGUGCCUUGCUCAAGGGCACAUUUACGUCAUUUAGCAGACGCUCUUAUCCAGAGCGACUACAAAUUGGUGCAUUCACCCUAUAGCCAGUGGGAUAACCACUUUACAAUUAUACUUUUUUUUUUUUUUUUUUUUUUUUUUGGGGGGGGGGGGGGGGGGAAGGGGUAGAAGGAUUACUUUAUCCUAUCCCAGGUGUUCCUUAAAGAGGUGGGGUUUCAAAUGUCUCCGGAAGGUGGUGAGUGACUCCGCUGUCCUGGCGUCGUGAGGGAGCUUGUUCCACCAUUGGGGUGCCAGAGCAGCGAACAGUUUUGACUGGGCUGAGCGGGAACUAUGCUUCCGCAGAGGAAGGGGAGCCAGCAGGCCAGAGGUGGAUGAACGCAAUGCCCUCGUUUGGGUGUAGGGACUGAUCAGAGCCUGAAGGUAUGGAGGUGCCGUUCCCCUCACUGCUCCAUAGGCAAGCACCAUGGUCUUGUAACGGAUGCGAGCUUCAACUGGAAGCCAGUGGAGUGUGCGGAGGAGGGGGGUGACGUGAGAGAACUUGGGAAGGUUGAACACCAGACGGGCUGCGGCAUUCUGGAUGAGUUGUAGGGGUUUAAUGGCACAGGCAGGGAGCCCAGCCAACAGCGAGUUGCAGUAAUCCAGACGGGAGAUGACAAGUGCCUGGAUUAGGACCUGUGCCGCUUCCUGUGUAAGGCAGGGUCGUACUCUCCGAAUGUUGUAGAGCAUGAACCUGCAGGAUCGGGUCACCGCCUUGAUGUUAGCGGAAAACGACAGGGUGUUGUCCAGGGUCACGCCAAGGCUCUUCGCACUCUGGGAGGAGGACACAACGGAGUUGUCAACCGUGAUGGCGAGAUCAUGGAACGGGCAGUCCUUCCCCGGGAGGAAGAGCAGCUCCGUCUUGCCAGGGUUCAGCUUGAGGUGGUGAUCCGUCAUCCAUACUGAUAUGUCGGCCAGACAUGCAGAGAUGCGAUUCGCCACCUGGUUAUCAGAAGGGGGAAAGUGCCACGCUGCCACGCUGAUCUUCAACACAGGGGCCCCUCAGGGGUGCGCACUCAGUCCCCUCCUGUACUCCCUGUUCACUCAUGACUGCAUGGCCAGGCACGACUCCAAUACCAUCAUGCAGUUUGCCGAUGACACAACAGUGGUGGCCUGAUCACCGACAACGAUGAGACAGCCUAUAGGGAGGAGGUCAGAGACCUGGCCGUGUGGUGCCAGGACAACAACCUUUCCCUCAACGUGAUCAAGACAAAGGAGAUGAUUGUGGACUACAGGAAAAAGAAGAACGACCCCAUGCUCAUCGACGGGGCUGUAGUGGAGCAGGUUGAGCACUUCAAGUUCCUUGGUGUCCACAUCGCCAACAAAUUAACAUGGUCCGAGCACACCAAGACAGUCGUGAAGAGGGCACGACAAAACCUAUUCCCCCUAAGGAGACUGAAAAGAUUUGGCAUGGGUCCUCAGAUCCACAAAAGGUUCUACAGCUGCACCAUCGAGAGCAUCCUGACUGGUUGCAUCACUGCCUGGUAUGGCAACUGCUCAGCCUCCGACCGCAAGGCACUACAGAGGGUAGUACGUACGGCCCAGUACAUCACUGGGGCCAAGCUUCCUGCCAUCCAGGACCUCUAUACCAGGCAGUGUCAGAAGAAGGCCCUAAAAAUUGACACAGACUCCAGCCACCCUAGUCAUAGACUGUUCACUCUGCUACCGCACGGCAAGUGGUACCGAAUCGCCAAGUCUAGGUCCAAGAGGCUUCUAAACAGCUUCUACCCCCAAGCCAUAAGACUCCUGAACAUCUAAUCAAUUGGCUACCGAGACUAUUUGCAUUGCCCCCCCCCCCCCCCCCCAUUGUUAUUUUUAUUGCUGCUCUUUAAUUAUUUGUUACUUUUAUUUCGUUAUUUUUUAUUUUUUUGUGUUCUUUCUUAAAAUUGCAUUGUUGGUUAAGGGCUUGUAAGUAAGCAUUUCACUGUAAGGUCUACACCUUUUGUAUUCGGUGCAUGUGACAAAUAAAAUUUGAUUUGAUUUCAUUCCAUGAUUGGAGGGAAAUAAGGUUUGGUUUCAAUAUUUUGCCUUUGCUUGUGUAGUCUUUCCUCCCUCAUUUCCAGGAUACCUCAUUUGCUCUCUCCCUCACUUUCCCUCUCCCUUUCUGUGCCCACUCAAAGUCCCCCUCACCUCCCACCUACUACUUUACCCAAACACUGAUCUCAGAUUAAGUUGAACACUAUCCCCGGUAAAGUUUGCACCUGCCUCUUUUAGUAUUGUUCCUUCCAGAGCUUUGGCAGGGGCUUACACUUUCUCUGCUCCUCUCAUCCAAGGAAUCUCUUUCUCCCUGCUCCUUUCGAUAUCCACUGGAUGCCCUAGGCAAGGAUUUUGGCUGUUUUCUAGGACUCCCGUCAUAACAGUACCGAUAAUCCUGCUGGAAGUGAACGAGAAGCGCCCCUCUGUUUGGACGUCCACCCCCCCUCCUCCCCUCCCAUCAUCACCACAACAACCGCCACCCCUCCGUCUUUCUCCAGUCCUCUCUUCACUUCUUUUAAACUGGAUGGUUCCCAGUUGGAUGGAACACAUCUGUGUACUGGAGGAAACUUGGUUAGAGUGGUGAGGAGUUACAUGUCAGUCUUCUGAAGGCAGGUGAGUGGUCCAUCUAUCUACCUCUUCCUCUAGCUCUCUCUUGCUCUCUUUCCCUCCAACACGUGCAUCACCAAUUGGUGGACAGGUGAGCUGCACCUGAAUUUGACUCCUGGACAGGUGUGUGUUCAUACUUGUUUAUCCUUGGCAUCUCAUAGUUUUUUGAAGAUCAUACAGAAUGGCCUAACAUGGUGGAGAAUCCCUGUUACUGGUAGCCAUGGUGUAUUUAAGGUUUCAUGACAGUUUAUAGCCUCACCCAUUACAGCUCUUAGGAAAUCAGGACAUGAGAGCAUUGAGGACUUCAUACUGCUUUAUGAACAUGUGUAUGGUGAUGUCUCAUAGGGAAGAUGACAGUGCCAUCCUUGGCAUUUGGUUUUAGAACAAUGAAAUCUCUGUGUUAUUAGUUAAUACUGUAUUAGGAUUAUAUGUUCCAUGUUAUAACAAUGCCUACUGCUGAGCAUCUGGCACUGUAGUUUUUGACUUGACAACAUAUAUGUGCUAAUGAAGAUGUUGUGAUUUAGAAGUGAAUCAGUUUGUCAUUUAGUAUUUCAGUAGCAUUAGCCAACAGUCCCUAAUCUAUUUAUGUCUUGAGAUACAUGGCAAUAAUGAUGCAUUAUUUGAAUGUUCUGCUAGCUGUAAUUGGCAUGAAUUGGAUACUUUUCUACAAUUGUUUUCUGUUCUUUUAGUUGUAGCUAGAGUAGACUCCUCUUGAUACAGUCAGAGGUUUAGGGCACUGGAGUGUGACCCCAGAGGGGUUGUGUUUACACCAUUAGAAGAGCCCUUUUUUGUUACAAUCCUGAGUGCAGUCCCCAGGCGUUAUCUAAAUUGUUCUGUUGAAACAUUAUGGAGUAAAUGCUUGUCAGAUAACGUGUUGGGGAACUGAAGGAGUGAAAAUAGGGGUUGUGGUAAUCUCUGUGUUGACAAAGCAUGAUGACAGGGCGAUGACUGAACAAUGAUCCCCUCUCACCAGGGUCCACUAACCUUGGCACACCUGAACACAAUUUACCAACAGGCUGAAUACUGUACACGCAUUAAAGAGAUGACAGUGUAGAUUUGGGAGAGAUACUUAAUUCACAUCACAUUCCUCAGAGAUCACUUUGAGGAUAAUGUUACACUAUCUCCUAACGCUAAACCUAAUUCUAACCCUAACACUAAUUAUAUCUUAACCCUAAACCCCCUAGAAAUAGCAUUUGACCUUGCGGGGACUAACAAAAUGUCCUGUUCUGGUCCCCACAAGUAUAGUUAAACUUGUCCACACACACACACACACACAGACAGACAGACAGAUUAUUAUAAUAAAUUACAACCAUCACAAGAAAUGUAGUAAGCUAUCAUACUGAAAUUCACUCUUGCUGAAGGACCCUAGUCUCUCCUGUGAAAUACAUCUUUCUUGUCAUUUAGAAUAUAACCGUGUUUGGUGUCCUUUUAACACAAAUGUCUCCGGUUACAAAUAAAAUAACAAUGAUUGGCAUAAUUUAAAUUCACAUAAUAAAACAACAUUUUAAACUUAAAAAGGUUUCUGAACAGACCACAACCCACCCAUCAAACCGGUUAUACCAUGGCCCACCACCCCUCCUAACCAAUCCACAAAACGAAUCAAAGUCACAAUAGGUAUUUUGUACCCCAAAUUGCAAUGGCCAUUUCCCCCAAGUCUCACACACACACACACACACACACACACACACACACACACACACACACACACACACACAUCACCCCCUUACAGAUCAAAGUACUCAGAUCAAAGGUGUUUACAUACAUCUCGCUUAAACGAUUUAAGCUAUAAACACAAAACCAACUUUACAAAAUACAGACUGCCCCAACUCGGAUUGCUUGAGAAAAUAUUUUUGAAAGCAUUUUGAACUAUAGCAAUAUUUAAAUGAGCUCCCAAUGCAUUUCAAUGGCAAAGAAAGGCCCAUAGACUCGAAUGGUAAAGAAAAUACAAAUUCUAGACCUAUCUCCUUCUACACCGUUUAAGCUAUCAACACCAAACCAACGUUGAGAUGUUCAGACUAGCCCAACUUAGAUUGCUUGUCAAAGGAUGUUUGAUUCUAUGUAUACUUUUGGAACUAUAACCAUUUUAAUUAACAUUAAAUUAAUAUGGGUUUGAAUGAGAACCAUUGGAUUACAGUGGUUAUGUCACAACUUCCUCCGAAGCUGCCUCCUCUCCUGGUUCGGGUAGGCUUCGGCGUUCGUCGUCACCGGCCUUCUAGCCACUGCCGCUCCUCAUCUCAUCAUUCCAUUUGUUUUGUCUUGUUUAUUACACACACGUGGUUCAUAUCCCCUCAUCAGUACCUGUAUAAGUGUUCCCUCUGCCCCCUUGUCUUUGUGUGUGAUUGUUUAUUGUGAGAAGAGUGAAGCUCGGUUGAGCUCCUUGUAUUGCCGGGUUAUUUUCCCUGUGUGCCUUGUUGGUUCCAGUGCGCCUGUUUUGCGCACUGGACUGUUUUGACGCAUUACUGUGUAACUCUGUAUUCCGGAAUAAAUCCUGUUAUUCUGUGAAUUACCGUCCUGCGCCUGACUCCUUCAAAUCACCUAUCACAGAAUCACACACCCGAAAUGGAGUCAGCGAUCCGGGAGAGCGGAGGACGACAGCGCCAGUGUCACUCUAGUGGCACGAGAGGACAUUUCACUGCACAAUGUUGUCAGUGUUCUUUUGGGUCUGGAGGCGGCAGGCAGGGCACUCUCGCGUCACCCCAGGUAUCGAACACCCACACUCGUUUGAGGCCUCUGCUGCGCACUGUACCCUACCCAUCCUCUUUCCUGAUUACAUUGUAGUUCCCCAGUGUAAGGCACUGGUCGAUUCAGGCGCAGCAGGGAACUUUAUGGACAGGUCAUUUUCACAUAGUCUAGGCAUUACAUUGGUUCCCCUAUCCAUUCCACUCCCCAUCAGAGCAGUUGACAGUCGACCAUAAGAGUCCGGGUUCGUUAGGGAGAGUACAGCACCAGUCACUAUGGUUACACACGAGACUCAUCGAGAGCAAGUCACUUUUUUUUAUUAUUGUGUCUCCUGAUUUCCCUGUUGUGUUAGGUCUUCCCUGGUUAGCACUCCACAACCCCACCUUUUCAUGGCCACAGAGGGUUCUCACGGGGUGGUCGCGAGAGUGUCAGGGAAGGUGUUUAGGUGUUUCCGUUGGUGCAACCAUGGUGGAAAGACCAGACAGUACCUCCACCUUGCGCAUUCCCCCCGAAUACCUCGAUUUGGCGCACGUGUUUUCCAAAACGCAGGCGACCAAAUUACCACCUCAGCGGGCGGGGGAUUGCGUGAUAAACCUCCGGGUAGAUGCUGUGCCUCCCAUGAGUCAUGUGUAUCCCCUGUCACAGGCUGAAACAUACGUCUCCAAGUCCCUGCACCAGGGGUUUAUACGUCCCUCCACUUCGCCCGCCUCCUCAAGUUAUUUUUUUGUAAAGAAGAAAGACAAAGGUCUGUGCCCUUGCAUUGAUUACCGACCACUGAACAAGGGGACGAUACGAUUUAGUUAUCCUCUACCCCUCGUUCCAUCUGUGAUCGAGUCAAUGCAUUGGGCGCGCUUCUUCACAAAAUUAGCUCUCCGGAGUGCGUACAACCUGGUGCGUGUCCGAGAGGGGGACGAGUGGAAGACAGCAUUCAGCACAUCCACAGGGCAUUACGAAUACCUGGUGAUGCCUUACGGUUUGAUGAACGCUCCAUUCGUCUUCCAGUCCUUUGUGAACGAGAUGUUUCGGGUGUAGUGGUCUACAUCGAUGACAUUCUGGUGUAUUCUGCUACGCGCGCCGAGCAUGUGCCCCUGGUUCGCAAAGUGCUGGCCCGACUGUUGGAAAAUGACCUUUAUGCCAAGGCAGAGAAGUGUCUGUUUUUCCAGCAGUCCGUCUCCUUCCUCGGAUACCGCAUUACCACCUCAGGUGUGGAGAUGGAGGGAGAUCGCAUUUCAGCUGUGCGUAAUUGGCCGACUCCAACCACGGUAAAGGAGGUGCAGCCUUUAUUGGCUUUGCCAACUACCAUCGGAGGUUUAUCCGGGGCUUUGGCAAGGUCGCAGCUCCCAUCACAUUUGACAGUGCAUGUCAGAGCAGAAGGUAUACCAUGAAGUCCAAGGAACUGUCCGUAGAUCUCCGAGAUAGGAUUGUGAUGAGGCAUACAGUACCACUAAAAAGUUUGGACACACCUACUCAUUCAAGGGUUUUUCUUGAUUUUUACUAUUUUCUACAUUGUAGAAUAAUAGUGAAGACAUCAAAACUAUUAAAUAACACUUAUGGAAUCAUGUAGUAAGCAAAAACAAAUCAAAAUAUUAUUACAGAAGGGGGUUGCAGUUCCGGAGCGACCCACUAGGUGUCCUCCUCCAACAACCUUAGGCACCUCCUCACUCACAGUCUGGACUAAUCAUGAUCCUAUUGGUGUCACCUGUGUCUACCUGUUCACCUGUGUAUUUAUGCCCUCACUUCCCUGUGUUCCCUUGCUUAAUUUACUCUGCUAGUUUCUCGAUCCCAAGCAGUACGAAUCAGUGUCUGAUUGUGAGACGUAUGUAGAGGUACUUGAGAAGUGUUCUCCCUGUUUCAUUGUUGUUUCAGUCGUAGUUAGUAUUUCGUAUUUUUGCUGUCAGCCUGUUUUUGGAGACCAAUUUGCUCCUCCUUUAUUUUAUUGUGAGAAGUCCGUUAUUUUGUAUCCUGGCUUUGGGACCACCAGUAAAGAUCCUUGUUUCACCAUCUCUGCCUACUGCCUACUGUCUAUCCCGCACCGCACCUGGGUUCCAGCUCACACCAACCCUUACAGAAAACUGAGCCAAUAUGGAACCAGCGGAGGCAGCACAGUAUCGUAGCGCAAUGGCAACGCAGGGAGCUACGCUGAACCAGCACGCCCGCAGCCUGCAGCAGAUCACCGAGAAUCUCUGCCAGCUGAGAAUCGCCAUGCAGAGCCGGGUGGACACCUGACCAGCUCCAGCAGCCGGCUGAGCGGAAUCUGCGGCAGCGGUGUUUCCAGUCUCGCCUGCGACAUCGCGGGAACCCAGCCUACCACCUCCGGGGAGGCACGACAGACAUCCAGAGGGCUGCAGGGAAUUCCUCACCCAGUGUUCCCUGGUAUUCAGCCUACAACCCUCUUCCUUCCCGAAGGAGCAGGGCCGGGUGGCCUACAUUAUCACUUUGUUGAUGGGUCGGGCCCUUUCCUAGGCUACCGCAGAGUGGGAGAGUCAAACUCCAGCGUGCUCCGACUCCUACCAAUUCACCCGGGAGCUACGCAAGGUGUUCGACACCUCUCAGUCUGUCGGCAGGGUGACCGUUCGGUGGCGGACUACUCCGUGGAGUUCCGGACCCGGGCUCGAGAGGCAGGAUGGGAGGAGACCGCCCUGGUCGUCCUUUACGCGCAGGGGCUAUCGGAGGGGAUGAAGGACGAACUCUCCUACAGGGAGAUGCCUGAGUGACUGGACGGCCUCGAUGACCUCUCAGUGCGGGUAGACAAUUGGCGUCGUGAAAGGGCGCAGGAAAGAGGGAUGACGCAAGGCGCGCCUCUGCGUCCCCCUAUCAGCCCGGAGACAUUCCGCUGAUUCAGGGAGGAGACGCCUCAGGAGGAGUCUAUGCAGCUGGGUGUGGCGCGCUUGUCCAGGAUGGAGAAGCAGAGGCGUCUGCGCCAGGGACAUUGCCUGUAUUGCGGCCAAGCAGGCCACCACUGCGACUCAUGCCCGGAGUAGCCGGGAAACGGGAGGGCUCGCUAAUAUCGGGAGGGAUGCGAAAACACAUGCUUAAAGUACUUUGCUUCCUCCUUCAAAAUAUAAUUUGGUGAAUCAUGGGUGACUCCGUCAUUUGUAACCAGUUUCAGUAAAUUAUUUUUGGUCGCAUUUCUAUGUUGAAGAUAAAAAAAUUGCAAAAAAAGCUGCAUUUUUCCCCAUAUUCCAUCCAGUUUGUUUAUUUUUAUAAUAUAUUACACUUGAUCUUUCUUGACAUUUCUUUUUGUUUUUCCUGUAAUUUAUUGACGUGUCUGUUACUUGAACUCUGUGAAGCAUUUAUUUGGGCUGCAAUUUCUGAGGCUGGUAACUCUAAUUAACUUAUCCACUGCAGCAGAGGUAACUCUGGGUCUUCCAUUCCUGUGGCGGUCCUCAUGAGAGCAAGUUUCAUCAUAGCACUUGAUGAAUUUUGCGACUGCACUUGAAGAAACUUUCAAAGUUCUUGAAAUGUUCCAUAUUGACUGACCUUCAUGUCAUAAAGUAAUGAUGGACUGUUGUUUCUCUUUGCUUAUUUGAGCUGUUCUUGCCAUAAUAUGGACUUGGUCUUUUACCAAAUAGGGCUAUCUUAUGUAUACCCCCCCUACCUUGUCACAACACAACUGAUUGGCUCAAACACAUUAAGAAGGAAAGAAAUUCCACAAAUUAACUUUUAACAAGGCACACCUGUUAAUUGAAAUGCAUUCCAGGCGACUAUCUCAUGAAGCUGGUUGAGAGAAUGCCAAGAGUAUGCAAAGGUGUCAUCAAGGCGAGGGUGGCUAUUUGAAGAAUUUGUUGAACACUUUUUUGGUUGCUACAUGAUUCCAUAUGUGUUUUUUCAUAGUUUUGAUGUCUUCACUAUUAUUCUACAAUGUAAAAAAUAGUCAAAAAUAAAGAAAAACCCUUGAAUGAGUAGGUGUGUCCUAACUUUUGACUGGUAGUGUAUAUUUGGGGAAGGCUAUAAAAUAAUUUCUAAAGUGUUGAAAUGUUUCCAAGAGUGCAGUGGUCUCCAUCAUUGGGAAAUGGAAAAAAUAUGGAACUACCCAGACUCUGCCUAGAGCUGGCCAUCUAACCAAACUGAGCAACCGAGCAAGAAGGACCUUGGUCAGGGAGGUGACCCAAUGACCACUCUGACAGAACUGCAGAGUUAAUUGGCUGAGAUGGGAGAACCUGCCAGAAGGACAACAGUCUCUACAGCACUUCACCAAUCUGGGCUUUAUGGGGGAGUGGCCAGAUGGAAGCCACUCCUGAGAAAAAGGCACAUGACAGCACACCUGGAUUUUGCAAAAAGGCACGUGAAAGACUCUGAGAGCAUAAGGCAAAAGAUUCUGUCAUCUGAUGAGACAAAAAUUGAACCUCUUUGGCCUGAAUGCAAAGCGCUAUGUCAGGAGAAAACCAGGCACAGCUCAUCACCCGUCUAACACCAUCUCUACCGUGAAGCAUGGUGGUGGCAGCAUCAUGCUACGGGGAUGCUUUUCAGCGGCAGGGACUGGGAGACUGCUAAGGAUAGAGGGAACAAUGAAUGAAGACAAAUACAAGAUGAGAACCUGCUUCAGAGUGCAAACAACCUUAGAUUGGGGCAAAUAUUUACGUUCCAACAGGACAAUGAUCCCAAGCAUACAGCCAAAGCAAUGCUGGAAUGGCUUCAGAACAAGAAUGUGAAAGUCCUUGAGUGGCCCAGCCAAAGCCCAGACUGGAAUCCCAUUGAAAAUCUGUGGAAAGACUUGAAGAUUGCUGUUCACCGCCACUCCCCAUCUAAUUUAACAGAGUUUGAGACAAUCUGCAAGGAAGAAUGGGAGAAAAUCCCCAAAUCCAGAUGUGCAAAGCUGAUACAGACAUAUCCAAGACGACCCAAAGCUGUAAAAGUAUUGACUUAGGGGUGUGAAUACUUAUGUAAAUUAGAUAUAUCUGUAUUUCAUUUCCAAUACAUUUGCAAAAACAUUUUACAAAUAUUUUCACUUUGUCAUUAUGUGUAGAUGGGUGAGAAAAAAAUCAAUUUAAUCCAUUUUUAAUUCAGGCUGUAACACAACAAAAUGUUGAAAAAGUCACGGGGUAUGAAUACUUUCUGAAGGUACUGUAUCUAAACAUUUGGGGCACAGAAAUAAAAGAAAAGAGAUAGCUUCUUUAGAAGAUCAAUGAUCAUAGCAAUGGAUGAAUGACUUAUCUCUUGCAUGUGGUCACUCACAACUUGAUGCUCUUAGAGACCGUGUAGAAAUUUCAAUGUAAUUAAUCUCAAUAGGGAUUGCUUUUACACAAUGUAGCAACCUAAUAUUACACAAAUGACUUUGUAAUUUCAAUGACAGGUUUUUGUAUCAACAUUUUAGCUUUUUAUAAUAAAUACAUGUCUUUACAGGGUUAAAUAUUAGUUAGAGAGCACAACAUGUGCUUCAAAAGUAGCUAGAAUUCAUAUAGGCUCAAUAUGCUACAUCUCAAUCAAUAAAACAUUUAAAUUAUUCUGGUGCUCCUAGAUUUUAUGUUGUGCUCCUAACUUUUUAAAGUUGGGAGCACCAGUGCCAUCAAUGUUUUUAUUUAUUUUAGAGCCCUGGAGAGGACGCAAAUUUAAACUUUAUUUUUUACUUUCAAUUUAUGACAACCAUUAAUUUAACAUUCUACUACCAUUCAAUCAAAUGCUGCUUUGAAUUAGGUCAGGUCUUGUCCCUUGGAUCGACUUGGCUGUGCAUUCUACACUGAACAAAUACAAAAAUGCAACAUGUAAAGUGUUGGUCCCAUUUUUCAUGAGCUGAAAUAAAAGAUUGCAGAAAUUUUCCAUACGCACAAAAAGCUUCUUCCUCUCACAUUUGUGCACACAUUUGUUUACAUCCCUGUUAGUGAGCAUUUCUUCUUUUCCAAGAUAAUCCAUCCACCUGACAGGUGUGGCAUAUCAAGAAGCUGAUUAAACAGCAUGAUCAUUACACAGGUGCACCUUGUGCUGGGGACAAUAAAAGGCCACUCUAAAAUGUGCAGUUUUGUCACACAACACAAUGCCACAGAUAUCUCAAGUUUUGAGGAAGCAUUCAACUGGCAUGUUGACUGCAGGAAUGUCCACCAGAGAUGAUGCCAGAGAAUUGAAUGUUCAUUUCUCUACCAUAAGCUGCCUCCAAUGUCGUUUUAGAGAAUUUGGGAGUACAUCCAACUGGCCUCACAACUGCAGACCACGUGUAUGGCGUCGUGUGGGCAAACGGUUUGCUGAUGUCAAUGAUGUGAACAGAGUGUCCCAUGAUGGCGGUGGGGUUAUGGAAUGGGCAGGCAUAAGCUACGGACAACAAACACAAUUGCAUUUUAUCGAUGGCAUUUUGAAUGCACAGAGAUACCGUGAUGAGAUCCUGAUGCCCAUUGUCAUGCCAUUCAUCCGCCGCUGUCACCUCAUGUUUCAGCAUGAUAAUGCAAGGUCCCAUGUCGCAAGGAUCUGUACACAGUUCCUGGAAGCUGAAAAUGUCCCAGUUCUUCCAUGGCCUGCAUACUCAGCAGACAUGUCACCCAUUUGUAUUUGUAUUUGUAUUUAUUAGGGAUCCCCAUUAGCUGCUGCCAAGGAUUUGGGGAUUGUGAAGAUACCUCUGGUGGCAUGUCUUGUUGGGUAUGCAUGGGUGUCCGAGCUGUGUGCUAGUAGUUUAAACAGACAGCUUGGUACAUUCAGCUUGUCAACACUUCUUACAAAAACAAGUAGGUAUGAAGUCAAUCUCUCCUCUACUUUGAGCCAUGAGAGAUUGACAUGCAUAUUAUUAAUGUUAGCUCUACAUGUACAUUUAAGGGCCAGCGGUGCUGCCCUGUUUUGAGCCAGUUGUAAUUUUCCCAAGUCCCUCUUUGUGGCACCUGACCACACUACUGAACAGUAGUCCAGGUGCAACAAAACUAGGGCCUGUAGUACCUGCCUUGUUGAUAGUGUUGUUAAGAAGGCAGAGCAGUACUUUAUUAUGGACAGACUUCUCCCCAUCUUAGCUACUGUUGUAUUAAUAUGUUUUGACCAUGACAGUUUACAAUCCAGGGUUACUCCAAGCAAUUUAGUCACCUCAAUUUGCUCAAUUUCCACAUUAUUCAUUACAAGAUUUAGUUGAGGUGUAGGGUUUAGUGAAUGAUUUGUCCCAAAUACAAUGCUUUUACUUUUUGAAAUAUUUAGGACUAACUUAUUCCUUGCCACCCAUUCUGAAACUAACUGCAGCUCUUUGUUAUGUGUUGCAGUCAUUUCAGUCGCUGUAGUAGCUGACGUGUAUAGUAUUGAGUCAUCCUCAUACAUAGACACACUGGCCAGUGGCAUGUUGUUAGUAAAGAUUGAAAAAAGUGAAGGGCCUAAACAGCUGCCCUGGGGAAUUCCUGAUUCUACCUAAAUUAUGUUGGAGAGGCUUCCAUUAAAGAAUACCCUCUGUGUUCUGUUAGACAGGUAACUCUUUAUCCACAAUAUAGCAGGGGGUGUAAAGCCAUGACACAUAGGUUUUUCCAGCAGCAGACUAUGAUCGAUAAUGUCAAAAGCCGCACUGAAGUCUAACAGAACAGCCCCAUUGAGCAUGUUUGGGAUGCUCUGGAUCGAAGUGUACGACAGCGUGUUCCAGUUCCUGCCAAUAUCUAGGAACUUCACACAGCCAUCGAAGAGGAGUGGGACAAAAUUCCACAGGUCACAAUCAACAGCCUGAUCAACUCUAUGCAAAGGAGAUGUUGCGCUGCAUGAGGAAAAUGGUUGUCACAUCAGAUACUGACUUGUUUUCUGAUCCACGCCCCUACCUUUUCUUUAAGGUAUCUGUGACCAAUAGAUGCAUAUCUGUAUUACCAGUCAUGUGAAAUCCAUAGAUUAGGGCCUAAUGAAUUUAAAUUGACUGAUUUCCUUAUUUGUAUUUGUAUUUAUUAUGGAUCCCCAAGGCAACAGCUACUCUUCCUGGGGUCCGGCAAAAUUAAGGCAGUUGUACAAUUUUAAAAACAUUACAAUACAUUCAUAACAGAUUUCACGACACACUAAGUGUGUGCCCUCAGGACCCUACUCCACUACCACAUAUCUACAACACAAAAUCCAUGUGUACGUGUGUGUAAAGUGCGUAUUCUAUCGUGUGUGUGUAUGCAUGUGUCUGUGCCUAUGUUUGUAUUGCUUCACAGUGCCCACUGUUCCAUAAGGUGUAUUUUUCUUAUUUUUUAAAAUCUGAUUAUUCUGCUUGCAUCAGUUACCUGAUGUGGAAUAGAGUUCCAUGUAGUCAUUGCUCUAUGUGGUACUGUGCAUCUCCCAUAGUCUGUGCUGGACUUGGGGACUGUGAAGAGACCUCUGGUGGCAUGUCUUGUGGGGUAUGCAUGGGUGUCCGAGCUGUGUGCUAGUCGUUUAAACAGACAGCUCGGUGCUUUCAAUAUGUUAAUACCUCUCACAAAUACAAGUAGCGAUGAAGUCAAUAUCUCCUCCACUUUGAGCCAGGAGAGAUUGCCAUGCAUAUUAUUAAUGUUUGCUCUCUGUGUUCACCUAAGGGCCAGUCCCUCUUUGUGGCACCUGACCACACGACUGAACAGUAGUCCAGGUGCGACAAAACUAGAGCCUGUAGGCCCUGCCUUGUUGACAGUGCUGUUUAGAAGGUAGAGCAGCGCUUUAUUAUGGACAGACUUCUCCCCAUCUUAGCUACUGUUGUAUCAAUAUGUUUUGACCAUGACAGAGAAUGUAACUCAGUAAAAUCAUAGAAAUAUUUGCACGUUACGUUUAUAUAUUUUUCAGUAUAGUUUGGCAGUAGAAAGCCUGCCAAGCCAGGCACCAACGCGACCGCCAACUCAAUUAAAGCCAUUAGUGCUCCACUGUUUACGCUCCCUUCUCUUUAGCCAACAAGGCAUGGCUCCCAAACAGACGUGGUAAUGAGGUCCCAGGCCUAGCUUCCUUACUCAGACAAGGAGACGCUGGAGCGGAGCAGGUCAGCUUGGGUUGGGCUGCAGGGUCCCUGGCUUGGUCCACUCACACGGGACCGCAAGGCGAACGUGAUCCUGACACAUUGUUCCUGAACCCAUAAUGGGGCCUUUUCAGGGCUCCUCUAAUGGGCCACCGUGGCAGAGAGAAGGGGGCGGGGGGUACCCCCAAGGUAGACCUGGGAGACUGAUCUUAAAGAAGUUACGUGUCAUCGUCGACCGGCUGGCCGGUUGUCCCUUGCUCCCCAGUGCUCUUGUUAAAUGCUUGUGUUUAUGAGAAGGUGUCUCUAUGAGUCACUCUUUACCCAUCUUUGGUAUCAGCCUCCUAGAAGUUUAAUGGUUCAAAUUGCUGGUGAUGUGGUUCGUGAGGUUUUGGGGGUUAUGGCUAUGGAACAAUCAGAAAACUUAAUCAACACUGACUUCCUGAAUCACUCUCAUUAAAUGCCUUGUCUCACUCUCAUUGUCCCCAGUGGUCUUACUUCAAUCCCUUCUCUGUCUAUUUCCUCCAUCUAGGAUGAUCAGACCAGGCACUCCAGUCAUGCUCUUCCACCUCUUCAGCUUCUUUACUCAGAGAGAAGGUGAGUGACGUGGCUCCCAUUCUGAUUCACAUGUUUUCUGUAUCUUAUCUAGAGAUAUCAGAUCAGAGCAAAUUACUCAAGGAACAUUGUGUUAUAGACCGUUACGAAAGAGGGAAAGUUGUGUAUGUUUGUGUCUUUCUGGUUAAAUGCACAACUUUAUUCUUAUCUUGAUUGAAAUCACCAAAAUGUCUCAGAUUACAUGAGUAGUCUCUCUAUAUGUCUAUGAACAGUUGUUCCCCAUUCUUUGCUAGAUCUGUUACGACUAUUGUCUCCACCCUUUUUCAUUCAGCUCUUUCUGAGGAGAUCAUGUACCCCUAUGGGCCUACCCACCAAGAUCUGGAGACACCCAAGAUGGAUGAUGGGAGUUCCACUGAAAUAAUUAUACUCAUGCCAUUCAUUUUUUUCAAUAACCCCUACCGCUCCAUCUAUGUAAGCUCCCAUUUACCCCUUAUUUCCUUCAAUACCAGCAAAUAUCCCCAACUCAUAAGAGAGAAAUGUUCACCAUAUCAUCCAUCUAACCAUUAAUUGUUCUAUCAAUCUGUUCAUCAACAAAUCAAUUGGGACCGUGCCUCCCUUUCUCUCUCUAUCUCUGCAGGUCAACAACAAUGGUGUGAUUUCCUUCAACGUACAAGUGAGCCAGUUCACCCCUGAGGCCUUCCCACUGAGUGAUAGCAGAUCCUUCAUUGCCCCAUUAUGGGCAGACGUGCACAACGGCAUCCGCGGAGACGUGUACUAUCGUGAGAGCACAGACCCAGAGUUACUGGAGCAGGCCACACAAGACAUCCGCAAGUACUUUAAGAACAUGCCCACCUUCACAGCCACCUGGAUCUUCAUCACAACCUGGCACCAGGUCACCUUCUACGGAGGCAGUCAGACCACCCCGGUAAAAUAACCACAAUCACGAAUCACAGGGAUUACUAUAUGCUCCACACACAAAACACCUGAACGCACGCAGACGAUGGCCACUGAUGGUACCAUUUAUCCUACAAUAAAUUUUACAAAUAAUUUGUCUCUGUGUGAUGCUUACGCAGAACUGAGAGUAACGUUUCAUAUGUAGUUGCCUCAAAUUGAAAUAUCUUUGAACUUCUGGGUAAGUAUUUGUUUAGUCUAAUAGGGGUUGUUUGUUUAGGUUCAAAGGUCGAUUCUGCCAGGUGGUGAAUUUUGAUUUUGUCUCACUCAGUGUUUUUCUUUUCUCUCUCUUUGAUCUGUCUUUGAUUUCAUAUUGAACUUAACAUAUGCUUGCACAUUCUCACCUCUCUAUAGGUGAACACAUUUCAGGUUGUGUUGAUAUCAGAUGGUCUGUCAUGCUUUUCCAUGUUCAACUAUGGAGAGAUCAACUGGAGCACAGGCACAGCCAGUGGAGGAGACCCUCUGACUGGUUUGGGUGGUACCACAGCACAGGUAGUCCAAUCAUGAUAGCCUACAUAUAACGAACCCCUGGCACACACCAAACCAAUGAAGGGAUUUGAUUAAUGCCUCUGGCAUGCCCCGGGUGAACCGGGUUAGCGUUGAUUACAUUUGAUUUGGAACCGGACUGCCUCCCGGGCGUGAGCCAGGUGCCCCGUUCACAAAACAAAAGUGAUGUAGGUUAAGCAUGUGGAGUAAUGAGUAGGAUUCUGUGUUUUCACAUGCAAAAGUGAUUGCUUUUGAUAAAAAUUGUUUAUCUACCUUCCCAAUGAUAACUAGUUUGAAAAUUCAAAUCUAUAUUUUAUGCGAAAUAGAUGUUGGACAAUGCACCAUUCUCCAUUGUUGACAAUAUGACAGAGCGGCGCAGAUUACCGUUCGAUUUGUGCAGGGCGCACCGGCCUCACCCCUAAAACACAUCAGACCAAUCACAACCUCCCAGAUAAAGCUAAAAUACAGCAGACCAAUCUUGACGCCUCCCACCUCUAUGAAAGUGAUAACCUCCUCAUUUGCCGUUUCCCCAUCUCUCCCCUCUCCAGUCAGGUUUUAAUGGAGGAGAAAUCGGUAACUUCCUCAACCUGCCUGGGUCCCGUUCCAAUGCCGUGGUUGAAAUCGAGCAGACGACCAACGUAAACCUGCCUGGCCGCUGGGUCUUCCAUAUAGACACUGCCCUGAUAGACCCUGCCAAUGGCUGCAGUUACAAUGGUGGGUAAAAGGUAGAACAUAACAAAGACUUGACACAUUGGUCAAAUGUCUAGGUUCGAUACUAGUCAAGUACAUGUAGACAGUUUCUGUAAACUUGAAUUACUCUCCUCAUAACACAGCAUGAGUCCCCUUAAUAAAAACAUCAUGGCUGAGGAGACCCAUAGACAUGAAUGUCCAUAUCUUCUCCUAGGGCGGUUCUAUCGGCGUGGUGAGAUCUUCUGGCUGUCCAUCCAGUGCUCCCAGCGGUGCCGCUGCCUGGACAUGGACAAUGAGGUGCUCUGCCAGGAGGCGCCUUGUAGCCAGCUGGAAACGUGUGAGCAGAAGGAGGGUGCCUUCUACUGCCAGUCCACGCGCACCAGCACCUGCGUGGUUUUCGGCGACCCUCACUACCACACCUUUGAUGGCUUCCUCUACCACUUCCAAGGCACCUGCUCCUACCUGUUAGCCCGGCCCUGCUGGGAGGUGGCUGGCCUGCCCUUCUUCAGAGUGGAGGCCAAGAAUGAGAACCGCGGCGUGGCCUCUGUGUCCUGGCUGAGGGAUGUCACUGUGGAGGUGUACGACCACCGAGUCACCCUGCCUAAGGGCAGCCAGGGCAAAAUACAGGUGAGCAGAGCAGCACUUCCAAGGAAGACAAAUAUGUAGGGAUGUCUAGGUUUUAGCUCAGCGGGCUAACAGUCUUGUCAAUUUGCCAUAGGUCAGAUGGUUAUCAGUCAGAUGUCGUACCUUUGGGAGGCUAGGUACAUAACAGUAGUCUGAUCAUGUAGUUUGACAGGUAAGACCAGCAGAUGCUGUGUACCGCUCUCCCAGAGACUAAUUAGGUCAUUACCUAACGUUUUCAUAGGAAUAUUCCAUCAACGUCCCACCAAACAUACACAGAACAUGGUUGCCAUGUUCUCAGAAUAUAAGACAUUAAUGUUCUAGACACUUUUCAUGAACAUUCCUGUGUAUCAGUCGUCAGGAUGUUGCUUGAUGGUCCCAAAGAAACCCAAUUGUUUCAUUAUUACACUGCACCCUUUGUUACUGUGGCCGAGCCAAUCAAGGCUCUGAUUGGUGAACCACUGAUCCAUUCAAAGCUCUUUGUCUGUUGACAAUGUUCGGGACACACACAGUGCUUUCAACUUACAUAUUUGACACACUUUGAAAAACAUGAUUACAUUGUGCAUGUUCAUUUAUACAUUAAUGUUGUGACAAGGUAGGGGGGUAUACAGAAGAUUGCCCUAUUUGGUAAAAGACCAAGUCCAUAUUAUGACAAGAACAGCUCAAAUAAGCAAAGAGAAACGACAGUCCAUCAUUACUUUAAGACAUGAAGGUCAGUCAAUCCAGAACAUUUCAAGAACUUUGAAAGUUUCUUCAAGUGCAGUCGCAAAAACCAUCAAGCGCUAUGAUGACACUGGCUCCCAUAAGUUAAUUAGAGUUACCAGCCUCAGAAAUUGCAGCCCCAAUAAAGACUUCACAGAGUUCAAGUAACAGACACAUCUCAACAUCAACUGUUCAGAGGGGACUAUGUGAAUCAGGCCUUCAUGGUCGAAUUGCUGCAAAGAAACCACUACUUAAGGACACUAAUAAUAAGAAGAGACCUGUUUGGGCCAACAAACACGAGCAAUGGACAUUAGACAGGUGGAAAUGUGUCCUUCUGUCUGGAGUCCAAAUUUGAGAUUUUUGGUUCCAACCGCUGUGUCUUUGUGAGACGCGGUGUGGGUGGACGGAUGAUCUCUGCAUGUGUAGUUCCCACUGCAUGUGUAGUUCCCACUGGAGGAGGAGGUGUUAUGGUGUGGGGGUGAUUUGCUGGUGACACUGUCUGUGAUGUAUUUAGAAUUCAAGGCACACUUAACCAGCAUGGCAACCACAGCAUUCUGCAGCGAUACGCCAUCCCAUCUGGUAUGGGCUUAGUGGGAAUAUCAUUUGUUUUUCAACAGGACAAUGACCCAACACACCUCCAGGCUGUGUAAGGUCCUUUUUACCAAGAAGGAGAGUGACGGAGUUCUGCAUCAGAUGACCUGGCCUCCACAAUCCCCCAACCUCAACCCAAUUGAGAUGGUUUGGGAUGAGUCGGACGGCAGAGUGAAGGAAAAGCAGCCAACAAGUGCUCAGCAUAUGUGGGAACUCCUUCAAGACUGUUGGAAAAGCAUUCCAUGUGAAGCUGGUUGAGAGAAUGCCAAGAGUGUGCAAUGCUGUCAUCAAGGCAAAGGGUGGCUAUUUGAAGAAUCUCAAAUAUAAAAUAUAUUUAUAUUUGUUUAACACUUAUUUGGUUACUACAUGAUUACAUUUGUAUUAUUUCAUAGUUUUGAUAUCUUCACUAUUAUUCUACAAUGUAGAAAAUAGUUAAAAUAAAGAAAAACUCUUGAAUGAGUAGGUGUGUCCAAACCUUUGACUGGUACUGUAUUUCAGAAAUGUUAGGGCUUUUUGUAUAGUUUUCUAAUGUUGGUGGGGCAUAUAACCUUGUUUUAAUGUUACUCUUGAAUCACAAUUAUCAAUAAAAUUGUUUUUCUUGAGUGUACCUUUAACAGAGCUGAGAUUUACCUCAAAGUGCAUUCACCCUAUUGCUUGCACCUAUCCAGUUGUUUCAGAUCUACACAAGUGCCUAGGAAGACCAUGUUAGGAUUUGCUUCUGGCCCAAUAAGCACCUGGGAUAUCCCUUAUUGGGACGGUGGUUAGGGCAUUCGUCAUUGGUGCUUGUGGCCUGGGUUCGUGACCUGCUAGGGGAGUCACACUACUCUCACAUUAUUAACAAUAUAUGUUAAUGUCAUUAUUUGGCAACAUUUACAACACCCGUAACUGAUCUAAUAAAAAUGUGUUUCUCAAUGAAAGAUAGGAAUCUGUAGGAUUACCCCUUGACCACAAAUUAUGACCACAUUUCUAUUACCUCUCAUAAAUUAUCAGUAUUUAUUAAUUCUAUAUAGCUGAGUGAAACCGACGUCAAAGUGCUGCUAACAGUUUAGCUUCCUCCACUGUCCGACAGCUCCAUACUGGGCUCGAAUCAGUGAUCCUCUGAUCGCAAACACACCUGACCGGCCUCCUUGACAACGUGCCAACGGUUUGAGCCGCCCAAAAGGUACCUCAUGGAUGGCUCCAUCCGCAACUUUUCAAGCUAGCUGUGGAAUAAGCUUAAGGCACGUUCUUAACUCCGUCCGUUACAUGAGCAUCUCUCCAUCGUCUUCUUGAAAUGCACUUUGAAGUAAAUCUCAGCUCUAUUUAAAGUGCACUCAAGAAAAACUGUUUCAUUGAUCAUAGUGAUUCAGGAGUAACAUUAAAACCGGAUAAAAUGCCCCACCAACAUUAGACCACUAUAUAGAAAGCCCUAACAUUGCUGAAAUAAGUACAUCAAAUCAAUUAUGAGAGAAUAUUCAGAUUAACUGAUAACUGACACAGACAUGGUGGCGUAGCAGAAACAUCAGAAUGCCGUGAACCAAGAGGUUGGGAGUUCAAAUCCGAGGUGAGGACAUGCUGAAUAAUAAUGACUGUAUAAUUGAAAAUGCUCAAUAUAAUCAGUAUGUCAAAUAAGUAAGUUGAAAGCACUGUGUGUCCCGAACAUUGCCUACAGUCGUGGUCAAAAGUUUUGAGAAUGACACAAGUAUGGUCUUCACAAAGUUUGCUGCUUCAGUGUUUUUAGAUAUUUUUGUCAGAUGUUGUAUAAUUACAAGCAUUCCAUAAGUGUCUUUUAUUAAGGCUUUUAUUGACAAUUACAUUAAGUUUAUGCAAAGAGUCAAUAUUUGCAGUGUUCACCCUUCUUUUUCAAGACCUCUGCAAUCCGCCCUGGCAUGCUGUCAAUUAACUUCUGGGCCACAUCCUGACUGAUGGCAGCCCAUUCUUGCAUAAUCAAUGCUUGGAGUUUGUCAGAAUUUGUGGGUUUUUGUUUGUCCACCCGCCUCUUGAGGAUUGACCACAAGUUCUCAAUGGGAUUAAGGUCUGGGGAGUUUCCUGGCCAUGGACCCAAAAUGUCAAUGUUUUGUUCCCUGAGCCACUUAGUUAUCACUUUUGCCUUAUGGCAAGGUGCUCCAUCAUGCUGGAAAAGGCAUUGUUCGUCACCAAACUGUUUUUGGAUGUUUGGGAGAAGUUGCUCUCGGAGGAUGUGUUGGUACCAUUCUUUAUUCAUUGCUGUGUUCUUAGGCAAAACUGUGAGUGAGCCCACUCCCUUGUCUGAGAAGCAACCCCACACAUGAAUGGUCUCAGGAUGCUUUACUGUUGGCAUGACACAGGACUGAUGGUAGCGUUCACCUUGUCCUCUCCGGACUAACUUUUUUCCGGAUGCCCCAAACAAUCGGAAAGGGGAUUCAUCAGAGAAAAUGACUUUACCCCAGUCCUCAGCUGUCCAAUCCCUGUACCUACUGCAGAAUAUUAGUCUGUCCCUGAUGUUUUUCCUGGAGAGAAGUGGCUUCCUCGCUGCCCUUCUUGACACCAGGCCAUCCUCCAAAAGUAUUCGCCUCACUGCGCUUGCAGAUGCACUCACACCUGCCUGCUACCAUUCCUGAGCAAGCUCUGCACUGGUGGUGCCCCAAUCCCGCAGCUGAAUCAACAUUAGGAGAGAGUCCUGGCGCUUGCUGGACUUUCUUGGGCGCCCUGAAGCCUUCUUCACAUCAACUGAACCUCUCUCCUUGAAGUUCUUGAUGAUCCGAUAAAUGGUUGAUUGAGGUGCAAUCAUACUAGCAGCAAUAUCCUUGCCUGUGAAGCCCUUUUUGUGCAACGCAAUGAUGACGGCACGUGUUUCCUUGCAGGUAACCAUGGUUAACAGAGGAAGAACAAUGAUUUCAAGCACCACCCUCCUUUUAAAGCUUCCAGUCUGUUAUUCUAACUCAAUCAGCAUGACAGAGAGAUCUCUAGCCUUGUCCUCGUCAACACUCUCACCUGUGUUAAUGAAAGAAUCACUGACAUGAUGUCAGCUGGUCCUUUUGUGGCAGGGCUGAAAUGCAGUGGAAAUGUUUUAUUGGGGAUUAAGUUAAUUUUCAUGGCAAAGAGGGACUUUGCAAUUAAUUGCAAUUCAUCUGAUCACUCUUCAUAACAUUCUGGAGUAUAUGCAAAUUGCCAUCAUAAAAACUGAGGCAGCAGACUUCGUGAAAAUUUAUAUUUGUGUCAUUCUCAAAACGUUUGACCACGACUAUACAGAAAAAUAGCUGUGAAUGGAUCAGUGGUUCACCAAUCAGGGCCUUGAUGGGCUCAGCAACAGUAACAAGGCGAGUUGUGUAAUAAAACAUUUUUGGGUGGUGAAUGUUUCUUUUGGGAUCAUCAGGUGAUGUCCUGACAACUGACAACUGUUCCCAUGAAACGUGUCUAGAACAUUAAUAUAAUAUGUUCUGAGAACAUUGCAUCCAUGUUCUGUGUAAAUUAUGUUUGACAUGUAGGGAAUGUUCGCCAAAACAUGCUAAAUAGGUUCUCAGGAGGUUUUUGCUAACAUACAUAACAUUUUCCCCUAACUAACGGAAAACUGGACACUCAAACAUCUGGGGAACAUUACAGGUAACAUUACAAAAAAGUUAUCUUUCUCUAGAAUUUUAGCUGGGCUAUCUCAUCUAAUAUGGUGUUUACGUGGUACUGUACUCCAUAAUCCGCCCUGAAUCUCCUACCUCUCCUUUUCCAGGUGGAUGGACUGAUGAAGACACUGCCAGUCCAACUCCAGCUAGGUGCAGUCAGGGUGUACCAGUCGGGCAUGGCCGUCGCCCUGGAGACUGACUUCGGCCUCCUGGUGACCUAUGAUGGGCAGCACUACGCCUCCAUUUCCCUGCCCAGCUCCUACUUCAACAACACAUGCGGCCUGUGCGGUAACUAUAACGACGACCCUGCCGAUGACCCUGUGCUGCCCGACGGCUCGCUGGCCGAGAGCGUGGUGGAGCUGGGUGGCAGCUGGCGGGCGGAGGACGCUGACUGGCGCUGCACAGACGGCUGCGCCCAGAACUGCAGUAUCUGUGACCCGUUGACCGAGGCAUUCUACUUCCGCCCGGACUACUGUGGACUCAUCAACAAGACGGACGGGCCUUUCAGGGACUGCAGGGCAGUGGUGGACCCAACGGCCUUCGUCUAUAGUUGUGUCUACGACAUGUGCAGCAACAGGGACAACAAUACCACCCUCUGUCAGGCCAUCCAGGCCUAUGCCUUAGCCUGCCAAGCCCUGGGGGUCACCAUACGAACCUGGAGGUCACGCACCUUCUGUGGUGGGUGUUCUUCUGUCCCGAUAUGUAUCUACAGUGGGGGAAAAAAGUAUUUAGUCAGCCACUAAUUGUGCAAGUUCUCCCACUUAAAAAGAUGAGAGAGGCCUGUAAUUUUCAUCAUAGGUACACGUCAACUAUGACAGACAAAUUGAGAUUUUUUUCCCCAGAAAAUCACAUUGUAGGAUUUUUUAUGAAUUUAUUUGCAAAUUAUGGUGGAAAAUAAGUAUUUGGUCACCUACAAACAAGCAAGAUUUCUGGCUCUCACAGACCUGUAACUUCUUCUUUAAGAGGCUCCUCUGUCCUCCACUCGUUACCUGUAUUAAUGGCACCUGUUUGAACUUGUUAUCAGUAUAAAAUACACCUGUCCACAACCUCAAACAGUCACACUCCAAACUCCACUAUGGCCAAGACCAAAGAGCUGUCAAAGGACACCAGAAACACAAUUGUAGACCUGCACCAGGCUGGGAAGACUGAAUCUGCAAUAGGUAAGCAGCUUGGUUUGAAGAAAUCAACUGUGGGAGCAAUUAUUAGGAAAUGGAAGACAUACAAGACCACUGAUAAUCUCCCUCGAUCUGGGGCUCCACGCAAGAUCUCACCCCGUGGGGUCAAAAUGAUCACAAGAACGGUGAGCAAAAAUCCCAGAACCACACGGGGGGACCUAGUGAAUGACCUGCAGAGAGCUGGGACCAAAGUAACAAAGCCUACCAUCAGUAACACACUACGCCGCCAGGGACUCAAAUCCUGCAGUGCAAGACGUGUCCCCCUGCUUGAGCCAGUACAUGUCCAGGCCCGUCUGAAGUUUGCUAGAGUGCAUUUGGAUGAUCCAGAAAAGGAUUGGGAGAAUGUCAUAUGGUCAGAUGAAACCAAAAUAGAACUUUUUGGUAAAAACUCAACUCGUCGUGUUUGGAGGACAAAGAAUGCUGAGUUGCAUCCAAAGAACACCAUACCUACUGUGAAGCAUGGGGGUGGAAACAUCAUGCUUUGUGGCUGUUUUUCUGCAAAGGGACCAGGACGACUGAUCCGUGUAAAGGAAAGAAUGAAUGGGGCCAUGUAUCGUGAGAUUUUGAGUGAAAACCUCCUUCCAUCAGCAAGGGCAUUGAAGAUGAAAUGUGUCUGGGUCUUUCAGCAUGACAAUAAUCCCAAACUCACCGCCCGGGCAACGAAGGAGUGGCUUCGUAAGAAGCAUUUCAAGGUCCUGGAGUGGCCUAGCCAGUCUCCAGAUCUCAACCCCAUAGACAAUCUUUGGAGGGAGUUGAAAGUCCGUGUUGCCCAGCGACAGCCCCAAAACAUCACUGCUCUAGAGGAGAUCUGCAUGGAGGAAUGGGCCAAGAUACCAGCAACAGUGUGUGAAAACCUUGUGAAGACUUACAGAAAAUGUUUGACCUGUGUCGUUGCCAACAAAGGGUAUAUAACAAAGUAUUGAGAAACUUUUGUUAUUGACCAAAUACUUAUUUUCCACCAUAAUUUGCAAAUAAAUUCAUAAAAAAUCCUAAAAUGUGAUUUUCUGGAGAAGAAAAUUCUCGUUUUGUCUGUCAUAGUUGACGUGUACUUAUGAUGAAAAUUACAGGCCUCUCUCAUCUUUUUAAGUCGGAGAACUUGCACAAUUGGUGGCUGACUAAAUACUUUUUUCCCCCACCGUAUAUGUCGGGUAGAAAUUGUUUUGUUUGGACAUUUAAAGGGACUCAUAGCUACCUAUUCUUAAAAUAUAUAUGUUACUUACUGUUUCUGUUAGGGAUAGAUCUAAAUGUACCGGGGGGGAAGGGCUGGUCCAACUCAAUGUGUCAUAAAAAUAAAAUGCACCCCCCUCCCCAAAGUUGCAAAUAUUUUCACAUGACCCUCCCCUUUUACCGUAAAAUAAAUUGAACACUCCCUCAUAGAAUUAACUCAAAAUAAUGUUUAUGACCACAAAAACAAUAACUUUGUUUAUUAAAGUGGAUAUCAACUUUGCCACUUCAGCAUGCUUUUGUGGCACAGUCGAUGCCACGCAGGGCUACGGGCCAGAAAGUUGAGGGUUGGCCAACCACCACAGACGAGCUCACUCUCCCUGCCUGUUUCAUUACACUACGAUCAGAGCCGGCUGCAGACACUAAUCAGCUAGGGGGAAAUCUAAUUUUCAACAUUUUUAUGCCAUAUUUAUAGUUAUAUAAAAUAUAUGCAAUGAAUUUUCCACCAACAGGCUUCUGUGCCAAUGCACCACACAACCAAUAAACAAAGCAUACCGACUUUGGGCACUUCAAUAUCAUGGUUUGCGUUUUUAACACCACAAUAAAUAGACUAUGUCAAUCUCGACAAACAGAAAAUAUAUCCCUCCCUACCUUGUAGGCUUACCCAGUAUUGAAGGCUUGGCUUGACAAUCUCCGGAUGCCAUUAAACUUUUUGGUGUUUUGUAACAGAUGUCUCUUUCCAUUCAUCAAUUGGCCACUGCAUUGAUUGAUUGAUUUUAUUUGUCAGUUAAAAAAAUACAUAUAUAUGUAACAGUGUUGCUUCCGUCACUCUCCUCGCCCCUACCUGGGCUUGAACCAGGGACCCUCUGCACACAUCGACAACAGUCACCCUCGAAGCACCAUUACCCGUCGCUCCACAAAAGCCGCAGCCCUUGCAGAGCAAGGGAAACAACUACUUCAAGGUCUCAGAGCGAGUGACGUCACCGAUUGAAACGCUACUAGUGCGCACCGCUAACUAGCUAGCCAUUUCACACCGGUUACAUAUACACAAAAAAUUUUUUAAGUGACCGGGAUUGCACAAUAAAGUCAGGGACUUAUUUCCAUUGCGGUACCUAUUUUUUACAUAAUAACAUUUACAAUUAUACAUAAAUACAGAGAUAGAGAUGAAUAAAUACUCAACCUCCAGAUGAGUAUGACGGGGGAUUUUAAGGACAAUUCUUACAACUUUGUUUGGCUGGUACCUUAUUCUUUAGAUGUUUGGGGCUGCUGGUGAACCAUGAUGUGCAGGCAUAAUCAAAGUGACACUGGACUAGCAAACUUGCCAGAGUCUUUAGGGUGUCUAUUGCUAGGUUUCCAUCCAAUUGGCGACAGAUUUUCAUGCGAAUAUUCAAAAAUCUUCAUUUAAAAAAAUGCCAUUUCAGAGUUAGGAAAAUUUGGCACCGGACAAUAUGACAGGGACGAUUUUAAUAUACUGUCACGCUCGUCGACAGAUGUGGACCAAGGCGCAGCGUGAUAGGCGUACAUACUUUAUUAAGGUUACACAACAAGAACCAAAACAACAAAAUGAUACGUGAAGUCCUAGGUCAUAACACAAACCUUACGUGACAGAAGAUCCCACCACGACUGGAUCAAGCAGUGUGAAGAGGAGAGAGGAUGGACUUGGGAGGAGAGGAGAGAGAUUCUGGCGAGAGGCAUGGAGGCCAUGUUCACGGGGGAGAGACAAGCCCCCCAAAAAAUUAGGGGGGGGGCUCACGCCGUGGACGACGAGGCAGCAGGAGGCCGCGAUAGAGCGGUUCAGCCGGUUAGCAGAGGAGGCCGCCAGGUUACGGGGGCUAUUGGUCACAAGGGAGAAGGAGAGUGUGGAGGCACGGCGAGAGGAACUGGUUAGGCAGCAGAGGGAGCGGAGGUUUAUGAGGAAACCCAGUCCUGCUCCUCGCACCAAGCAAGUGGUGUGUGUCACCAGUCCGGUCCGGCCCGUUCCUGAUUCCCGCACAAGGCCAGUGGUGUGUGUUCCCAGUACAGUCAGGCCCGUUCCUGAUUCCCGCACAAGGCCAGUGGUGUGUGUUCCCAGUACAGUCAGGCCCGUUCCUGCUCCCCGCACUAAGCCUGUGGUGCGUGUCGCCAGCCCGGUCCGGCCUGUUCCUGCUCCCCGCACCAAGCCAAUGGUGCGCGUCGUCAGCCCGGUCCGGCCCGUUCCUGCUCCCCGCACCAAGACAGUGGUGCGCGUCGUCAGCCCAGUCCGGCCCGUUCCUGCCUCCCGCACCAAGCCAGUGGUGCGCGUCGUCAGCCCGGUCUGGCCCGUUCCUGCUCCCCGCACCAAGCCAGUGAUGCGCGUCGUCAGCCCGGUCCGGCCCGUUCCUGCUCCCCGCACCAAGCCAGUGGUGCACGUCGCCAGCCCGGUCCGGCCCGUUCCUGCUCCCCGCACCAAGACAGUGGUGCGCGUCGUCAGCCCAGUCCGGCCCGUUCCUGCCUCCCGCACCAAGCCAGUGGUGCGCGUCGUCAGCCCGGUCUGGCCCGUUCCUGCUCCCCGCACCAAGCCAGUGAUGCGCGUCGUCAGCCCGGUCCGGCCCGUUCCUGCUCCCCGCACCAAGCCAGUGGUGCACGUCGCCAGCCCGGUCCGGCCUGUUCCUGCUCCCCGCACCAAGCCAAUGGUGCGCGUCGUCAGCCCGGUCCGGCCCGUUCCUGCUCCCCGCACCAAGCCAGUGGUGCGCGUCGUCAGUCCGGCACGGUCCGUGCCUGUUCCACCGGUGCCUGGUCAGCUGCUCCACGCCGGAGCCAGAGCAAUCCGCUCCACCGGUGUUCAGUCCAGCUCUGGCCAGCGGGACCAGACCAGGGGCGCAACGGGGGGGUAGAGAGAGUGUGGUGGUCACGCCCGGAGCCGGAUCCGCCUCCGAGGCGGAAUGCCCACCCGGCCCCUACCCUCUUGUGUUUGGUUGGCGCGGUCGCAGUCCGUGCCUUUGGGGGGGGGUACUGUCAUGCCCUGGCUCUGGGGACUCUUAAUUGUUGAGCCAGGGUGUGGAUUUUCUAUGUUUUGUUUGCUAUGGUUUUCGUUCUAGAUCGGUUAGAUCUAUGUUGGCCAGGGUGGUUCCCAAUCAGAGGCAGCUGUAGCUCGUUGUCUCUGAUUGGGAACCAUACUUAGGCAGCCUGUUUUCACUAGUCAUUGUGGGAUCUUGUUCCGAAAGGUUUGUGUUAACCUAGGACUUCACGUUUCGUUUGUUGUUUUGUUCGUGUGGUGUACUUCAAUAAAAGAUUGAUACGUUUAUCACGCUGCGCCUUGGUCCGCUUCAUCUUAUAACGAUUGUGACAUAUACCUGACAUUUGAGAACUGUUAUGGACAUCCAUAUACAUUCAGAGCCAACCUGGUGCAGCCAGCGCCAUCAAUAAACAAGGGAUGUUGGCCAAAUAAGCCACAUUUACGUGUCCUUAAAAACAGCCUAUAACAAUUUACAAAAACACUAUUCCUUGUGUUUCGAUGUGUAGCAUAUGCAAAACCUUUAUAGCUACUUUCCUAAAACAAUAAUUGUCCACCUCAUGGUUCAGCUGUCAGAGAUUUUAGGACUAAAUAUAUCAGGGCAUUGCAUGCAAAGGCCUAUAGGCUUAGGUGUCCACUGUAUGAUAGUCAUAUUUUAAUAAAUAUACAUAUAUACAGUACCAGUGAAAAGUUUGGACACACCUACUCAUUCAAUAGUUUUUUCUUUAUUUUUACUAUUUUCUACAUUGUAGAAUAAUAGUGAAGACAUCAAAACUAGGAAAUAACACAUAUGGAAACAUGUAGUAACCAAAAAAGUGUUAAACAAAUCAAAAUAUAUUUUAUAUUUGAGAUUCUUCAAAUAGCCACCCUUUGCCUCGAUGACAGCUUUGCACACUCUUGGCAUUCUCUCAGUUUCACCUGGAAUGCUUUCCCAACAGUCUUGAAGGAGUUCCCACAUAUGCUGAGCACUUGUUGGCUGCUUUUCCUUCACUCUGCCAUCUGACUCAUCCCAAACCAUCUCAAUUGGGUUGAGGUCGGGGGAUUGUGGAGGCCAGGUCAUCUGAUGCAGUACUCUAUCACUCUCCUUCUUGGUAAAAUAGCCCUUACACAGCCUCGAGGUGUGUUGGGUCAUUGUCCUGUUGAAAAACAUAUGAUAGUCCCACUAAGCCCAAACCAGAUGAGAUGGAGUAUCGCUGCAGAAUGCUGUGGUAGCCAUGCUGGUUAAGUGUGCCUUGAAUUCUAAAUAAAUCACAGACAGUGUCACCAGCAAAGCACCCCCACACCAUAACACCUCCUCCUCCAUGCUUUACGGUGGGAAAUACACAUGCAGAGAUCAUCCGUUCACCCACACCGCGUCUCACAAAGCCACGGCGGUUGGAACCAAAAAUCUCAAAUUUGGACUCCAGACCAAAGGACAGAUUUCCACCAGUCUAAUGUCCAUUGCUAGUGUUUCUUGGCCCAAGCAAGUGUCUUCUUCUUAUUGGUGUCCUUUAGUAAUGGUUUGUUUGCAGAAAUUUGACCAUGAAGACCUGAUUCACACAGUCUCCUCUGAACAGUUGAUGUUGAGAUGUGUCUGUUACUUGAACUCUGUGAAUCAUUUAUUUGGGCUACAAUUUCUGCAGCAGCGGUAACUCUGGGUCUUCCAUUCCUGUGAAGGUCCUCAUGAAGGAGGGUCAUUUGUAAAUUUUCAAUCCAAAUAUUUUAUACAAAGAUAAGCACUAUAUUGUUAGAUUAUAGGAAUAACUCUGGUAGGCCUGAAACAGUCUUCCUCACCUCAAGUUCAAUUGUCAGUUGGAGCGCCGGGGCGUACUGCCUUCAUAGUAUAGGCCUGCAGUAGCUAAAGCUUAAUAAUAGCCACACCAUACCAAAUCUUCACAAACAUUUCUAAACUUUAUUAGGGUAAUAUCAAAAAUAAGUCAAGCCAUUGUUUAUAGGGAAAAAACGAGCAGAAGAGGGGAAAAACGCACUACCCCCCCCCCGAAAUACACACAACCCUAUGCAAAAACAAAAUAAUGUUUGACAACCCUCCCACCAUUAAAUGUCUAUCUGUCCCUAAGAUGUGGUUAAUAUUGCUUAUUCCAAAAGCUGUUUUUAUCUCUCGUCCCCCCCCCACUACUAUAUCAUAAUGUAAUAGCUAUCCUAAGUUGAAUGCACCAAUUUGUAAGUCGCUCUGGAUAAGAGCAUCUUCUAAAUGACUUAAAUGUAAAUUUAUUAUGAUUUGUUAUAUACUGUAACAUCCUCUUUCUCCUUUGAUUGGCUGCCAGCCCUGACAUGCCCUGAGUCCAGCCACUACCAGGUGUGCACCAGUGCCUGCGCCGCCUCGUGCUCGGACCUCACCUCCCACCUGUACUGCACCCACCCCUGCACAGAAGGCUGCCAGUGCGACCCGGGCUACGUGCUGAGUGGCAACCGCUGCGUCCGGCGCCAGGACUGUGGCUGCGAGCGUGAAGGCCUCUACUACCCACUCAACGACACUUUCUGGGCGGGCACCACUGGCGAGGACGGAGAGUGCACCCUGCGCUGCGUCUGUGGGCCCAACGGCAAAGUCUCCUGCUUCAACGAUUCGUGUAGAGAAGGCGAGGUGUGUGUGGCAGAGUUCGGCCUGUUGGGCUGUUACCCCCGCAGGGAGGGGGUGUGUUCUCUGGGCCAGAAUGUUGUGACGGCCUCUUUCGACGGGGCCUCCAUGCCCUUCCCGGACGACAGCUCCUACUACCUGCUGAGGUCAUGUGGGCCAGCGCCGGCCAACGUGUCGGCUGUGGAGGUGAAGAUGGGCCGGCGGCUGGUAAACAAGGGUCCGUCCUGGAUGCGGCCCGUGGUGGUCAGGGUGGCCAACCUGGAGGUCCAGAUGGGUGGAUCGGACUUUGACAUAGUGAAGGUCAGUAUUAUAGCCUGGUGCUCCAGGCACAGGAGGUUGGUGGCACCUUAAUUGGGGAGGACGGGCUCAUGGUAAUGGCUGUAGUGGAAUAAGUGGAAUAGUAUCAAACGCAUGGUUUCCAUUUUGUGUAUGCCAUUCCAUUCGCUCCGUUACAGCCAUUAUUAUGAGCAGUCCUCCCCUCAGCAGCCUCCACUGGACCCAGGGUAACUUCUGGACUAAUAAUCACUUUCAGUGGAGAAAUUUCAUUUAGCAUUCUUUUACACCAGGAGUAGGCUAAAUAUGAGUCUGGGAAACUGGCCCUGAAAGUCUGUCAUCAUGAGAUGAAUACCUUUCUCAUUGGGGGAAAGGAGUUCCAAUGAUGGGUCUUAAGGUUAUUAUGCUGGUGGUGGUGGGGAGAUAGAAGGUCAUUGGACAACUGUUGCUGCAAAACAACAAGUGGAAGACACAAGAUUUGAGUUGACAUAUAAAUACUCCCCUAGAUUCAUGCCAAUUGGUUGAUAGGAAGGCUAGUGAUUAUUGUAGGUUAAUCAGCAACAGUGGUGGAAUUGGCUUAGUGUGCCAUGCUCAUAGGCUGAACUUAAUAGGUGAAUGACAUUCCACAUGCUUGCUAAUGGGAAAGGAGGAAGAGACGUGAUGCUAAACUGAUGAGGUAACAUUACAACACUACCCUAUAAAUACCUGCUAUGCUGACAAGGUAUCAUUAUAACUACUACCAUUUAAAUACCUGCUAUGCUGAUGAGUGAGAUAGGAAGCAAUGUGAAUUAUGAGUUUACUAGAUGAAUGAAAAGAUCCAUUCAGACCAGCCUUACUUAUUGAACUUUCGUAACUACAUAACAGAGAUAGCACUGCACUACAUUACAGUGAUUGAAUGUUGCUGCUACUACCUCUCUAUGAGAUAAUGUUAUGAUGUGUCUAAAUCCCAGCUGAACGGUGAGCUGGUACUGUUGCCUUAUGUCCACCCACUGGAGACCCUUAUGAUCUACCGCGCCCCGGGCAACGCUACCAUUGUGGAGUCCAACGGAUUGGUCUCAGUCCGCUACACCCGCCAGGGCCUCCUCAACAUCUCUCUCUCUACCCUCUUUUACAACGCCACCUGCGGCCUGUGUGGCCUCUUCAACGGAAACGCCAGCGAUGAUCUCCGUCUGCCUGACGGCCGGCUGGCCGAAUCUCCCGAACUUUUCACUGACGGCUGGCGGGCCAUCGCCGACGACCUGACGUGCAAUGGCGAUUGCGACAACCUGUACCGCAUGUGCGCGGACCUGCGGCUCUACCAGAGCCCAUGGAUGUGCGGCAACAUCAACGACCCGGGGAACAGCUCCUUCCUGGCGUGCCAUGGCGCCGUCAACCCCUCGCCGUUCUUCCGGAACUGCCUGUACAACAUGUGCGUGCGGGAGGGAAACCGCUCAGUGCUCUGCUCUUCGCUGCAGGCGUAUGCCUCGGCCUGUCAAGAUGCCCAGAUGGGCCUUGCUGCCUGGAGGAGUGCUACCAAUUGCUGUGAGUUAGUCCACCGCCACCACCUUGGAGUGAUGUUGAGUGAUGGACUGAUUAUGUAUUUUUCCUUUAUGAACCAAACCUUGGCUCUGCUAAUUCUGAAUAUCCCUUUCUCUUGUUUCUGUCUCUGUCUGUCCCGACCUCUCUCUCUGUCUCUCUCAUUUUCUCUCACUCUCUUUUAUUUUCUGUCACUGUCCCACUCUCUCUCUCUAUAUAUUUGUAUUUUACCCCAAUCUCAUCUCUCUCCCCCACACCUCUCUCUCCUUCUCGCAGCCUUGCCCUGUCCGGAGAACAGUCACUUCAACGAGUGCACCAGCGCUUGCCCGCUGACCUGCGCUGGCCUGGACGAGCCCAACGAGCUGUGCCCACUGCCCUGCCAGGAGGGCUGCCAGUGUGUGGAGGGCUUUGCGCUGCGUGACGGCCAGUGCGUGGCACGCAGCGACUGCGGCUGCAUCAGCUCUGCAGGCCGGCAGCUGGCCACCAACCAGACCUUCUGGACCGACUGGGAGUGCCAGGAGCGCUGCUACUGCAACGGCUCAGACAACAGCAUCUACUGCACGCUGGCGCCGUGCCCGAAGGAUGAGUACUGCCAGGAGGGCCUUGAGGGCCUCUACUUCUGCCAGCCGCGCACCGAGGCGCUGUGCAUUGCCGCUGGUUACAGCCACUUCCUGCCAUUCGGCGGUGUGCCCUUCGAGCUGCAGAGUAGCUGUACCUUGAGGCUGGCUACAACGAGGUGCAACGGCGGGGUGGCGGGAGAGGAGGAUAUGGACCAGAGUGCCGCCACCCGACCCAGGAUGAGCACCAGCGUCGACCUCCCUCUCUUCAAGCUGUCAGCCCGGAACGAGGAGCGGGACACGGGGCAAGCCAUCUGGGUGAGGGGGUUCAUCUUGGAAGUCUAUGGCUAUGAGAUUGAGGUGUCUCGGAGCUACAAACACACCAUCACGGUGAGUGUAUUAUGCACUUUUCACCUUUCCAUCCUGAAUUAUACUGUACUGGCUCUGAUAUUUUCAUCUCCCAUUGUCCUUUUUAAGCACGAUUCCAGAAACUAUGGUGGAUGCGCAACUAGGACAGCUCAGUAAAGUUUGGUUUGACUCGGCUCAGUUUGACUCAGUAGGGUGUAAAGGCUGGGGCACUGUCAGUCUUGUUAGACUUUAUUAGGAAGAAACACCUGUGGUAACUAAUGAAAACAGGCCAAGAAUCUUACCAAUGCUUUUCAGAGAUUCCAAUUGAAAAAUGACAGGAGAAAUGUGUUUUUACUAUGUCUUGACACUUUUCAUUUCAAUGCAUAUUCAUCCUUCCAGUGUGACUGAUGUGUUGUGAAUGUCACACAGACGUGUGAGGGAGAGUUAUUUGUUAAUCAAGCCAAUAGAAUAGCGGAGCAAAGAGUAAAUUCCUCUUUGAUUGGCUCAGGGCGGAUCUUAUUUAAAUCGGCAACUUUUAUCAGGCUGGAUUGGGCUCAGAGGAACGGCUGACCUGAGCGACAUUUGGAAAAGAAUCAUAAACCAACCCAAAGAUCUGAGGAGAACCAUAAUACACACACUCGAUCCUAUACACUCACACUCGCUAGAUAUCACACACACACACACACACAAACAGCCAAGACUCACUCUCCCAUGCUCUCUCCCAGGUGAAUAAGGAGCGUCUGUACCUGCCUCUGAAGCUGGGGCCGGGGAAGGUCCACAUCUUCACCUUCGGCAUGCAGCUGGUGGUGGAGACGGACUUUGGCCUGAAGGUUGCCUUCGACUGGAACACGCUGCUCCUGCUCACGCUGCCUCGACACCUCUACAACGCCACCUGCGGCCUGUGCCAGGGCAUGCCACUUUCCUCUCCACCUGCCCUUACCACCAGCAACUGGGGCAUGGCCUGGGCUGAGCGGGACACCUUCUGCCAGGUGGGCUGCGGCGACUCGUGCCCACGUUGCGGGUUGGUAGAGAGAGGCCUCGGUGCCAUCGACGCCCCUCUACUCGUCACAGACGCCUACGUGGAAGGCGGGGCCCACGAUGGUGAGGGAGGAGGCAUCAAUGUUGAUGGCGGGGGUUACACGGGAAUCCGAUUCCACCUGGGCGAUGGGCUGUUUGUGGAGCCCGAGGCGGUGCGUCUGUGCGGGCUGAUCAAGGACCGCGGCGGUGUGUUUGCGCGCUGCCACAGCAAGGUGGCGCCGGUGUUCUUCUACCAGAGCUGCCUGCAGGACACGUGCCUGGACAAGGGUGCCCCGGAGACCAUUUGCAACUGGCUGCAGAUCUACACCAGCACAUGCCAGACCCAGGGGGUGCGCGUGUUAGGCUGGAGGAGUGACACACCCUGUGGUGAGUACAAUAAUAAUUGAGGCAUGAAUCAAGUUGAUUGAGUAGAGUAGAGUUGAGUUGAGUUUAAUUCUCUCCAGCCCAGCUGGAGACUUAUCUUACAUGGGACUGCUCCUCAAUAGUAAUAAUCUAUUAGAUAAUAACAACUGAUACUUUCACCAAGUUCUCAGUCAUAUUAGUAAAGGAGAGAUGAAUCACAAAGCAGCAGCUUUAUGUUACACUCCUACACAAUGACAUACACUUUCACAUGAAUAACUAACUGAUAUUUUCAUGUUUGUUCUUAUCUAUUCUGCAUCUAUUAUUCCACUUUGCACCCAAACUGUAAUCUGUCCAGAGAACCAAUGCCAGGUAAAUGAAAACAUGUAAUCAUCAUGUCUGUGUCUCAAUCAAAGGCAUCAUAUUCCCUAUAUAAUGCUAGUGCACUACAUAAGGAAUAGGGUGCCAUUUUAGACGCAACCCAUAUUUUCGUUACCCAUUUUCUCCUUCACCAGUGCUGACGUGCCCAGCCAACAGCCACUACUCUGGCUGCAUGUCAGUGUGCCAGCCGCAGUGCACCCCAGCCCACGGCCAGAGGGAGUGCACCCAGGACUGUGUGGAGGGCUGCCAGUGUGACCAGGGCUACGUCCUCAAUGGCAAAGGUUGCAUCCUGCCCCAGAACUGUGGCUGCUACAACGACGGCAAGUACUAUGAGGUGAGUCAGUCACACAGACAGUAGUCUCUCUCCACAGACAUUCAUAUACACGUGACAAGCUAGUUAGCUCGAGAUUUCAAUUAUGUCUUGUGAAAGUACACAGACAGUUAAAGACGCACCACAGCUAUUUUAGAACUUUUUCAGUUGAAAAGUAGGCCAUUCAAGGAGUUGGUCUGAUGGUGCCCUCUGAUGUCAUGCCCCCCCUUGCUUGUGGGAACAAUAGAGGAGCAAUAGAGAACAAAAUAGGAAAUCAGGUGAUAUAUGAGGUGAAAAGGAGACUGGAGUGCAACUAAACUAAUAAAUUGUCUGUUGGGUGAACUAAACACUAUGGAGUAAUAUUCGGCAUUUGAAAUCCUCUCCUAGAGGUUUAAAUAUUGUAACAUUGAACCGGCACACACUGUAUAUUUGAGUUAAGUGUAAUAAUUUUUUGUGGCAGUUGUUGCAUCAUAUGCCAUUCCAGUUAGCACAACGUUCUGAGAACCAUAUGUUUCUUAGAGCUUGUGAGAGCGUGGUUGUCCUAUGGUUAUUUUGCAUACAUCCUUCCCAUAACUUUCUGGGAAUGGUUCAGGAUAGUUGCUUGGCUUUUAAACAUUCUCAGCGCAUUUAAGGAACUUGACAAAAAAACAUUAUUGCCGUUUCAUUACUUUAACAGAACGUUUCCUAAAAGUUCAAACAUUGUCACAUUUUGACAUUGGGAAUAGUUGACAUUGGGAAUGUUCUCAAAUUCUUCCAAGAACGUUAACAAAACAAUGUUCUUCUGUGGGAAUUUCAGUACUUCAGUGUAGAGUUUCCUACAGGUUUCCUCAUGGUUCUAUUUAAAGUAAUGUUCUCAAAUUGUUCCCGAGAACAUUAAGAAAACUUUCCAUAAAAACCACAAGAAAACCUUUGUAACGUUCAGAGAACGUUGAAAGAACAUAUACAUUCCGUUCUCAGCAUGUCCAGGCCCGUCUGAAGUUUGCCAAUGACCAUCUGGAUGUAACUUAAUGAUGGUGUUGGAAUCGUGCUUGGCCAUGCAGUCAUGGGUGAACAGGGAGUACAGGAGGGGACUGAGCACGCACCCCUGAGGGGCCCCCGUGUUGAGGAUCAGCGUGGCAGAUGUGUUGUUACCGACCCUUACCACCUGAGGGCGGCCCGUCAGGAAGUCCAGGAUCCAGUUGCAGAGGGAGGUGUUUAGUCCCAGGGUCCUUAGCUUAGUGAUGAGCAUUGAGGGCACUAUGGUGUUGAAUGCUAAACUGUAGUCAAUGAAUAGCAUUCUCACUUACGUGUUCCUUUUGUCCAGGUGGGAAAGGGCAGUGUGGAGUGCAAUAGAGAUUGCAUAAUCUGUGGAUCUGUUGGGGCGGAAUGCAAAUUGGAGUGGGUCUAGGGUUUCUGGGAUAAUGGUGUUGAUGUGAGCCAUGACCAGCCUUUCAAAGCACUUCAUGGCUACAGACGUGAGUGAUAUGGGUCUGUAGUCAUUUAGGCAGGUUACCUUCGUGUUCUUGGGCACAGGGACUAUGGUGGUCUGCUGGAAACAUGUUGGUAUUACAGACUCAGUCAGGGACAGGUUUAAAAUGUCAGUGAAGACAUUUGCCAGUUGGUCAGCGCAUGCUCGGAAGAAUCCCGGGAACAUAUUCCAGUCUGUGCUAGCAAAACAGUCCUGUAGCUUAGCAUCUGCGUCAUCUGACCACUUCUGUAUUGAGCGAGUCACUGGUACUUCAUGCUUUAGUUUUUCCCUUGUAAGCAGGAAUCAGGAGGAUAGAAUUAUGGUCAGAUUUGCCAAAUGGAGGGCAAGGGAGAGCUUUGUACGUGUCUCUGUGUAUUGUUUUGUUUUUAUUAUUAUUAUAAUAUAUUAUUUUUUUACUUAACACUUAUUUUUCUUAAAACUGCAUUGUUGGCUAAGGGCUUGUAAGUUAAAAUUUUACUGUUGUAUUCGGCGCAUGUGACAAAUACAAUUGAUUUGAUAAUUUCCAUUCUCAGAGGGUUAAUAAAACCUCCCAGGAAACAUAGCCACAGGAUGUAGGGGUGCUGAGGGUGCUACAGCACCCCCUGAAUAAUCGUAAUAAAAAAAAAAAGAAUAAUAGCGAAGACAUCAAAACUAUGAAAUAACACAUAUGGAAUCAUGUAGUAACCAAAAAGGUGUUAAACAAAUCAAGAGUGUGCAAAGCUGUCAUCAAGGCAAAGGUUGGCUAUUUGAAGAAUCUCAAAUAUGUUGAUUUGUUUAACACUUUUUUGGUUACUACAUGAUUCCAUAUGUGUUAUUUCAUAGUUUUGAUGUCUUCACUAUUAUUCUACAAUGUAGAAAAUAGUAAAAAUAAAGAAAAACCCUUGAAUGAGUUGGUGUUCUAAAACUUUUGAUAGGUAGUGUAUGUUGUGGAAAAAAUAUAUUUUCACUAAAGUAGUGCCCUGGGCCUUUACUGGUCCUGUAUUAUCGGAGCAAUAUAGCCAUCUGUAGCACAGGUUUAUACAGGUAAAAUCCCAUUGUGAUUGUAAUCUAUUUUGUGAUCAAGGUAAGGCAUUUAAAAAAUAUAUUCUCAAAGGAGUUCAUUAAGUUUGUUUCCUUCCCCUCCCCCUCACUCUCCCUCCUCCAGCCCAAACAACUGUUCUGGAACAGCGACUGCACCAAGCGCUGCCAGUGCAUCGGCCGUAAUCUCAUCCAGUGUGACCCGCGCCGCUGCAAGGCCGAGGAGGAGUGCGCCCUGCGCCAUGGUGUGCGCGGCUGCUUUGCCCGGCGCUCGCAGCACUGUGUGGCGUCUGGCGGCGGUGUCUUCAGGACCUUUGACGGUGCGUCCCUCCGCCUGCCUGCCUCCUGCUCCUUUGUGCUGUCCACCAACUGCCACAAGCUACCUGACCUCUCCUUUCAGCUCAUCGCAAACUUCGACAAGUGGAGCACGCCCAACCUCACCACCAUCUCCCAUGCGUACCUCUAUAUUAACGAGGAGAAUAUCCUGAUCUCCAGGAGCACCGUGAAGGUGAUGGGGAGGGAGAUUAAUGGAUGAAUUAAAGGGUGGUUCGAUGGAUGGAUGGAUGGAUGGAUGAGUGCAUGGCCGCAGGAAGAUAUUUUGGGGUGGGGGUGCUGUCAAUGGGGGAAUUGUAUGUUUGCAUCACUUUAGCAUCUGUUUAUUUUGGAGAAAAUACAUUUGAAAUGUGGGUGUUUUAAUUAGUUUGAGGUUAGAUGGUGAGUCAUGUGUGUAGUUAUAUCAUACAAUUAUUUGUGUGUGUACUUAAAAAGUCUGACCAUGUGUGCAUGAAUCUCACAGCCUGUCCUCCCCCCAACCAGGUGAACGGCACGCCCGUGUCAGUGCCUUUCGUCACGGGCCUGACGCACGUCUCCACGUCGGAGGGCUUCCUGGUCAUCGACACGCUGCAGGACAUCCAGGUGCGCUACAACCGCUUCAACACGCUCAGCAUCACUAUGGGCCAGCGGCUGCAAGACAAGGUUUGUUGUUGUUUUCCCUUAUGGUUGGAGAGCAUUAUGUAAGCAUUAUGUAGCACAUUAUAUGGUUACUGUAAAGCAUCUUUGGGUUUUAGAAAAUAACUAUGAGAGCUAUAAAAGAGCACGUAUUAUUAUUAUUAUUAAGGUGUGCGGCCUUUGCGGCAACUUCAACGGAGACCCCACUGACGACUACAUCACCUCCCGCGGGAAGCCAGCUGUCAGCGCCCUGGAGCUGGCCCAGAGCUGGAAGACCAAUGGCAUGCAGAACAGGUGAGGGGGAGAGGAGCCAUGGGGAAGGGGGGGCAUGGGAGAGAUAGACAGUUAGUGGAUAAAGUGACAGUUCUAUUUAUAUAUAUAUAUAUAUAUAUAUAUAUACAGUGAAGGAAAAAAGUAUUUGAUCCCCUGCUGAUUUUGUACGUUUGCCCACUGACAAAGACAUGAUCAGUCUAUAAUUUUAAUGGUAGGUUUAUUUGAACAGUGAGAGACAGAAUAACAACAAAAAAAUCCAGAAGAACGCAUGUAAAAAUGUUAUAAAUUGAUUUGCAUUUUAAUGAGGGAAAUAAGUAUUUGACCCCCUCUCAAUCAGAAAGAUUUUUGGCUCCCAGGUGUCUUUUAUACAGGUAACGAGCUGAGAUUAGGAGCACACUCUUAAAGGGAGUGCUCCUAAUCUCAGCUUGUUACCUGUAUAAAGAACACCUGUCCACAGAAGCAAUCUAUCAAUCAGAUUCCAAACUCUCCAUCAUGGCCAAGACCAAAGAGCUCUCCACAGAUGUCAGGGACAAGAUUGUAGACCUACACAAGGGCUGGAAUGGGCUACAAGACCAUCGGCAGGGGAUCAAAUACUUUUUUCCCUCACUGUACAUAUAUAUAUAUACCAGUCAAAAGUUUGGACACACCUACUCAUUCAAGGGUUUUUCUUUAUUUUUCACUAUUUUCUACAUUGUAGAAUAAUAGUGAAGACAUCAAAACUAUGAAAUAACACAUAUGGAAUCAUGUAGUAACCAACAUUUUUUAAAACAAAUCAAAAUAUAUGUUAUAUUUGAGAUUCUUCAAAUAGCCACUCUUUGCACUGAUGACAGCUUUGCACACUCUUGGCAUUCUCUCAACCAGCUUCACCUGGAAUGCUUUUCCAACAGUGUUGAAGGAGUUCCCACAUAUGCUGAGCACUUGUUGGCUGCUUUUCCUUCACUAUGCUGUCUGACUCAUUCCAAACCAUCUCAAUUGGGUUGAGGUUGUGGGAUUUUGGAGGCCAGGUCAUCUGAUGCAGCACUCCAUCACUCUCCUUCUUGGUAAAAUAGCCCUUACACAGCCUAGAGGUGUGUUGAGUCAUUGUCCUAUUGAAAAACAAAUGAUAGUCCCACUAAGCCCAAACCAGAUGCGAUGGCGUAUCACUGCAGAAUGCUGUGGUAGCCAUGCUGGUUAAGGUUGCCUUGAAUUCUAAAUUAAUCACAGACAGUGUCAACAGCAAAGCACCCCCGCACCAUAACACCUACUCCUCCAUGCUUUACGGUGGGAAAUACACAUGCGGAGAUCAUCCGUUCACCCACACCGUGUCUAACAAAUGUCCAUUGCUCGUGUUUCUUGGCCCAAGCAAGUCUCUUCUUCUUAUUGGUGUCCUUUAGUAGUGGUUUCUUUUCAGCAAUUUAACCAUGAAGGCCUGAUUCACACGGUCUCCUCUGAACAGUUGAUAGUGGGAUGUGUCUGUUACUUGAACUCUGUGAAGCAUUUAUUUGGGCCGCAAAUUCUGAGGCUGGUAACUCUAAUGAACUUAUCCUCUGCAGCAGAGGUAACUCUGGGUCUUCCAUUCCUGUGGCGGUCCUCAUGAGAGCCAGUUUCAUCAUAGCGCUUGAUGGUUUUUGCGACUGCACUUGAAGAAACUUUAAAAGUUCUUGACAUUUUCCAAAUUGACUCACCUUCAUGUUUUAAUGUAAUGAUGGACUGUCGUUUCUCUUUGCUUAUUUGAGCUGUUCUUGCCAUAAUAUGGACUUGGUAUUUUAUCAAAUAGGUCUAUCUUCUGUAUACCCCCCUUACCUUGUCACAACACAACGGAUUGGCUCAAAUGCAUUAAGAAGGAAAGAAAUAACACAAAUGUACUUUUAAGAAGGCAAACCUGUUAAUUGAAAUGCAUUCCAGGUGACUACCUCAUGAAGCUGGUUGAGAGAAUGCCAAGAGUGUGCAAAGCUGUCAUUAAGGCAAAGGAUGGCUAUUUGAAGAAUCUCAAAUAUAAAAUAUAUUUUGAUUUGUUUGACACUUUUUUGGUUACUACAUGAUUACAUAUGUGUUAUUUCAUAGUUUUGAUAUCUUCACUAUUAUUUCUACAAUGUUGAAAAUAGUAAAAAUAAAGAAAAUCCCUUGAAUGAGCAGGUGUUCUAAAACUUUUGACCAGUAGUGUAUAUAUAUUUUUACAAAUAUGGUGGUGUUGCUUCCUCCAAGCCAUUAAAAAAUGUGUUUGCUGGUUAUUUAGUAACGUCCAGAAUCUCCUAGGAUUAAUGGAGAAUGUAGUGGUGCUAGUUGAAACAUAUUGUAUCGUUGGUGCACUCAAAGCAUGGAUUGAUCUGGCCAACUCUACCUCUACCUCCCAUCUCUUCGCCCUCCCACAGCUGUGAUGAGACCCAGUAUGUGGCACUGGCCCAGUCGUGUGAGAACACAGCCGUAAUGGGCCUCCAGGUCGAGGAGGGGUGCCAGAAGCUCACCCAGAUGAAGGGCUUCUUCCAGCCCUGCCACGGCCUGCUGGACCCUAGGCCCUUCUACCAGUCCUGCUACCUGGACGGUUGCUACAAUCACCACAAGGCCCAGGUGUGCGGCUCGCUGGCUGCCUACGCCGAAGCCUGCCGCUCCCUGGGCAGGCUCACCACCAAGUGGAUUGCCCAGGAGAAUUGCUGUAAGGGCACGGUCAUUGGGACAGUCAUGGGGGCAUGGCACCACUGGCAGGAGAUAAUUAAUAUUGAAUAUUCUGAGAACAUGGUAACCACGUUCUGGGCAAGUUCUGUUUGAGGGAAUGGUCUCUUGGAAACAGUCCUUACACAUCACUGGAACAUUCGUAUGAAAAGAUUAGGUAAUGACCUAAUGAGACUAUAAAUGGAACGUUCUCCAAAGUUGUGGGAAUGUUUUUUUGUUAGCUGGGAGGUUUAUGCAAUUAAAUUAUCAGGUAGGACAGAAAACCAGCAGUACUCUGGAUCUUGUAGGGUACGAUUUGAAAACCCCUACUUUAAGGUAACAUACAGUGGUCUGCAGGGGUAGGUCCUUGGACCAUUAUUGUUCUUACUACACAUGCUACCAAUGGGGGAUGUAAAACACAAAACACUUUGUGCAAUGGUUAUGGCUUUCAUUGUUACGCAGAUGAUACACAGUUAACUGAGGUGUAGCUGAGGGGUCAAUUAAUUACUUGGGUGUAGAGCCAAACUUGAGAUACGUAUGGGUAACUUGAGCUUAGAGGGAAAUUUCAGGAAAAUGUGAGUUACAUUUCUCUAAAACAUAGCAUCAGGCUAUUCAAGAAUGACAGUUAGUUCAGUUGGGUUCUCAUGGGUGAGUGUUAGUGGUGUGACAGCUAACAUUGUUCCUGGAUCUGUUUUUAGCAGAAUGGAUCCAUGACCCCUGCGCAGGAGAGAUCUGCACCAACAACACGUGUGAGCAGGAGAACGGGGGAGACAUGUGUGGCUGCCCCGAGCUGCCCAACAACGCUGGUGGUGAGUGCGAGGGGGUGUGGAGUGGGGGAGUUGAGGGAAGGGGGAUGAGCGAGGGGGGGAAGAUGUUGAUUGUUAGGGCUAGACAAGCAUAGAGAAAAAUGUGUCCAUCUCUACUGUAUGUAGAAAUGUUAAUUUUUUUAUCUCAAUCAUUUAUUUAUCCUGCUCAGUCUCAUUUUGAUCAAACCUCUUACAAGAAAUAACUGUGUUGUGUUCACUAGGCAUGAAAUGGGAGUAAACCGUUUGAACACACACGACUUAAGCCCAAGUCUAGCAACUGUAUACAAGGUAGCUACCGUAUUCUUAUGAUUCUCAAGGUCUGUGUUUCCCCGCUAGGCGAGGAUGACAUCAUCCAGGCGGAGGUGACGUGUAAGCACGCCCAGAUGGAGGUGUCCAUCUCCAAGUGUAAGCUCUUCCAGCUGGGUUUCGAGCGUGAGGACGUGAGGAUCAACGACCAGUACUGCCCUGGCAUUGAGGGAGAGGACUUCAUCUCUUUUCACAUCAACAACACCAAGGGCCAUUGCGGCUCCAUUGUACAGGUAAUUAACCACAGAUCUAAGGUCAGUGAAUCAUUUUUCAAUUCGAACAUUAAUCAUCAGCGCUGUGAUAAUAUAUCUGUCCCUGAAUGAGUGGUCUCCUUCUCAUAACGGACAGUGUGGCUCAAUCGGAUAGGUAGCCACAGAUCUAUAGUCAGAUUAUUAUACCGUUAAUCAUAACACUAAUCAUUAAGGGAUGGAAAAAUAUCUGAUCCUGGAUCAGUGGUUAGAGUGCUACUUCCACCUACGGGUGGCGAACACAUGCCUUAGGCUUGUGACUCAUCCCCAAGGGCUGAUAGGGCUCCAUUUUCCUGGUGAGAAACUGCUAUAAUCCGUAUAGCCAAUAGGGUAGACCUGUCCUCCUACACUGCAAAAAGUGAAAUCUAAGAAAGCCUAAAUACACUACCGGUCAAAAGUUAUAGAAAACCAACCUAUUUUGUAAAAUAAUAGCGAAGACAUCAAAACUAUGAAAUAACACAUUUGGAAUCAUGUAGUAACCAAAAAAGUGCCAAACAAAUCAAACUAUAUUUUAUAUUUGAGAUUCUUCAAAUAGCCACCCUUUGCCUUGAUGACAGCUUUGCACACUCUUGGCAUUCUCUCAUCCAGCUUCAUGAGGUAGUCACUUGGAAUGCAUUUCAAUUAACAGGUGUGCCUUCUUAAAAGAAAAUUUGUGGAAUUUCUUUCCUUCUUAAUGCGUUUGAGCCAAUCAGUUGUGUUGUGACAAGGUAGGGGGGUACACAGAAGAUAGCCCUAUUUGGUAAAAGACCAGGUCCAUAUUAUGGCAAGAACAGCUCAAAUAAGCAAAGAAAAACGACAGUCCAUCAUUACUUUAAGACAUGAAGUUCAGUCAAUACGGAACAUUUCAAGAACUUUGAAAGUUUCUUAAAGUGCAGUCGCAUGAGGCUGGUUCUCAUUAGGACCGCCACAGGAAUGGAAGACCCAGUUACCUCUGCUGCAGAGGAUAAGUUCAUUAGAGUUACCAGCCUCAGAAAUUGCAGCCCAAAUAAAUGCUUCACAGUGUUCAAGUAACACAUCUCAACAUCAAAUGUUCAGAGGAGAUUGUGUGAAUCAGGACUUCGUGGUCGAAUUGCUGCAAAGAAACCACUACUAAAGGACACCAAUAAGAAGAAGAGACCUGCUUGGGCCAAGAAACACGAGCCAUGGACAUUCGACCGGUGGAAAUGUGUCCUUUGGUCUGGAGUCCAAAUUUGAGAUUUUUGGUUCCAACCAAAUCAAAUCAAAUCAAAUCAAAUUUUAUUGGUCACAUGCGCCGAAUACAACAGGUGCAGACAUUACAGUGAAAUGCUUACUUACAGCCCUUAACCAACAGUGCAUUUAUUUUAAACAAACAAGUAAGAAUAAAACAACAACAAAAAAGUGUUGAGAAAAAAAGAGCAGAAGUAAAAUAAAGUGACAGUAGGGAGGCUAUAUAUACAGGGGGGUACCGUUGCAUAGUCAAUGUGCGGGGGCACCGGCUAGUUGAGGUAGUUGAGGUAAUAUGUACAUGUGGGUAGAGUUAAAGUGACUAUGCAUAAAUACUUAACAGAGUAGCAGCAGCGUAAAAAGGAUGGGGUGGGGGGGGCAGUGCAAAUAGUCCGGGUAGCCAUGAUUAGCUGUUCAGGAGUCUUAUGGCUUGGGGGUAGAAGCUGUUGAGAAGUCUUUUGGACCUAGACUUGGCACUCCGGUACCGCUUGCCGUGCGGUAGCAGAGAGAACAGUCUAUGACUAGGGUGGCUGGAGUCUUUGACAAUUUUGAGGGCCUUCCGUCUUUGUAAGACGGACAAUGACCCAACACACCUCCAGGCUGUGUAAGGGCUAUUUUACCAAGAAGGAGAGUGAUGGAGUGCUGCAUCAGAUGACCUGGCCUCCACAAUCCCCCGACCUCAACCCAAUUGAGAUGAUUUGGGAUGAGUCGGACAGCAGAGUAAAAGAAAAGCAGCCAACAAGUGUUCAGCAUAUGUGGGAACUCCUUCAAGAAUGUUGGGAAAGCAUUCCAGGUGAAGCUGGUUGAGAGCAUGCCAAGAGUGUGCAAAGCUGUCAUCAAGGCUAAGGGUGGCUAAGGGUAAAUAUUAAGAAAAACCCUUGAAUGAGUAGGUGUUCUAAAACCUUUAUAAUGAGUGAUAAUUCUCUUAAAAUUAGUGGUUUUUUUCUAGUUUUUUCAUACAAAGCUAAAUUAUCUUAACGUCAUACGCAGAUAGUUUUGCUUAUUUUAACCUAAAAAAGUCUUAAUACAGGUAAUGUAUCUUAUUUCAAAAUAUUUUACCUUAAUACGAGGUAAAAUAUUGUGAAAAAUAUAUUGAAAUAAGAUAAAUGACUUGUAUUAAGCCUUUAGUUUAAAAUAGGCAAAAUUACCUGCCAAUGACAUUAGAUAAUUUACUUGAUAAAAUUAAAAAAACGAUAUAUAUUUUUAUCAGUCAAUAUAAGAUACGCUACAUGACCAAAAGUAUGCGGACACCUUCUCGUUGAACAUCUCAUUCCAAAAUCAUGGGCAUUAAUAUGGAGUCCCCCCUUUCCUGCUAUAACAGCCUCCACUCUUCUGGGAAGGCUUUCCACUAGAUGUUGGAACAUUGCUGUGUGGACUUGCUUCCAUUCAGCCACUAAUUUGAAGGGGUGUCCACAUACUUACGUAUAUAUCGUUUAUUUAGGUUUGCUUAGAUUUAACUUUUUGCGGUGUAUCCAAAUGGCCAGUAGGGCUCCAUGUUACUGGUGAAAUCUCUUCCCAGAUCAAUAGGCAUACUAUACCUACUGUAAUGACGGUUAUUGUCUGGCAUUUCUAUCUUCAAAAUGUGACAAUUUUAUUUUCUACCAGUCCAACGGCACACACAUCAUGUACAAGAACACGGUGUGGAUCGAGAGCUUGAAUAACACGGGCAACAUCAUCACCAGGGACAAGACAAUCAACAUGGAGUUUUCCUGCGCCUACGAGCUAGACCUCAAGAUAUCCUUGGAGACCGUGCUCAAGCCCAUGCUCAGGUUAGAGGACCUACUUUUUCUCAACAGUAGAGCUGUAAACUUUCCCAAAAUUACCAGGUUUUCCAGAAAUCUCAAUUGUAAGAUUCCCGGAAUCAGAAGAGAAUAAGCAGGAAAUCUGGAAUCCUUGAAUCAGAAUUUAUGGAAAACCUGGGAAAUUUGGGAAAGUUAAGAGAAUUUUGCAACUCUACAUGAUGAAAUGUAGUCUGAAAUAUGCAUUUAUUUUGGUUUUAUAUCUAUACAUUUAUGUGAAUGAUAGAGAUAUAGUAUGUGCCAUGUCACAUUGGACAAGAGAUUGCACACAAGACCAAUGUUUUCCAUCGCCUGACUUCCCUCUCUCUAUUCCCCCCCCCCCCCUUAUCUCUCUCUCUCUCCCAAACUCCCUCUCGCUCUCUCUCUCUCCCCCUCUCUCCAGUGUUAUCAACCUCACCCUUCCCACCCAGGAAGGUAACUUCAUCACCAAGAUGGCGCUGUACAAGAACUCCUCGUACCGCCAGCCUUACCACGAGCGUGAGGUGGUGCUGAGCACGCGGGACGUCCUCUACGUGGGGGUGUUUGUGGAGGGGGCCGAUGAGGACCAGCUCAUCCUCAUCGUCAAUAUGUGCUGGGCCACGCCGUCCCGCUACAGCAGCGACCGGCUCCGCUACAUCAUCAUAGAGAGAGGGUAGGCGCAACAUAUAUAAAGUACAAAAUGUCUACGGCCAAAAUAGCAAAAUAGCACCCUAUCCAUUAUUAGGACCACACCAACUUCUCCUUCUCUGUUUCCUAAGUUGUCCCAACAUCAAGGACAACACCGUCGGCAUGGCUGAGAACGGGGUGUCCCUCACCUGCCGCUUCCACGUCACCGUCUUCAAGUUCAUCGGGGACUACGACGAGGUCCACCUCCACUGUGACGUGUCGCUGUGUGACCACGAGACCAAUGCCUGCAAAGUGGUGAGGAGACCCUGAACACUGCACACUGAGCAUGGUGGUGACCACUGAACACAGGUUCAUAUUACAUCCGGAACCAGUUUAAUCUGUCCAGGAAACCAUCCCAAAGUGUUAAUAUGCGGCAAAUGAUAACAAAUCUAACAUAUUGUGAAGCAUGCUUACAAUGGCUAAGCUUACAAUGGCUACGUUAUGCCACCUUAUCACAAGUGUGUAUGUCUGUGUGUGUGUGUGUGUGUGUAGAACUGUCCCCACAACAGGAGAAUGUACUCAGACUACAGCGAUCACAAGGAGAAGAUUCUCACUGUAGGACCCAUCAGAAGGAGAGGUACACAUCAGUGUUGCCCUAGUGUGUGUGCGUGUACUGUAUGCGUGUAUGUAAUACAGACACGUCGCCUUAGUGUGUGAGUGUGUGUGUGUGAAUAGUCUGUGUCUGUUGUCCAAGUGCUACAUCUGCAUGCAUUAUGUGUGAGUUUGUGUAAAUACCAGUAUGUGUGUGAUUCACAAUUUUGUGUUUAUAUCAGAGUCGGACUGGUGUGAGGUGGGUAACGGAGGCUGUGAGCAGAUCUGCACCAGUAAAAGGAUGGGAGCUAUGUGUAGCUGUGUGACUGGGAUGCUGCAGCGGGACGGCAAGAGCUGUCAAGGUAUACACACAUCAUCCUCUCACAUCUAUACAGUGCUAAUAAAUAAUAUGGGUCAUUCUACGAAUAGAGUGCCUUUAAGGUAGUGUAAUUUUGUUAAAAAUACAUUUAUUUCACCUAAUUUUAACAUUCUGUCAUAAAGAGCAACUUCAUAAAAACAUGUUUCCCAUCUCAAGAGGUUCAAUUAAGAAAAAUGACUAUAAAAGUGACUAAGGUUGCACAUUUCCAGAAAUCCCGGUUGGAAUAUUCUCGGAAUCAGAAGGGAAUAAGCAAGAAAAAUGGAAUCCUCAAAUCAGGAUUUCUGCAUAACCUGGGAAUUUUGCAAAAGAAAAAGGAAGUACACUGUACCAGAGUUGGGGUCAAUUCCAUUUCAAUUGACUGAGGUGAAAAGGAAUUGAUCCCACGCACUGUAUAGUAGGCACAUACUGUGUCUUAAUUUUGAAGGUACUUAAAGUUCCUUCAGAAAGUAUUCACAGCCCUUGACUUUUUCCUAAUUUUGUUGUGUUACAGCCUUAAUUUUACAUGUGUUAAAUUGAGAGUUUGUGUCAUUGAGCAUGGUGAAGUUAUUAAUUACAUUUUGGAUGGUGUAUCAAUACACCCAGUCACUACAAAGAUGCAGGCGUCCUUCCUAACCUGGUUGCCGGAGAGGAAGGGAACCAACCACUCUGGGAGUUCACCAUGAGGCCAUUGGUGACUUUAAAACAGUUUAAUGUCUGUGAUAGGAGAAAACUGACUGAACAACAUUGUAGUUACUCCACAAUACUAACCUAAUUGACAGAGUGAAAAGAAGGAAGCCUGUACAGAAUAAAAUAUUCCAAAACAACCAUCCUGUUUGCAACAAGGCACUAAAGUAAUACUGCAAAAAAUGUGGCAAAGUAAUUAACUUUUUGUCCUGAAUACAAAGUGUUAUGUUUGGGGCAAAUCCAAUACAACACAUUACUGAGUACCAUUCUCCAUAUUUUCAAGCAUAGUGGUGGCUGCAUCAUGUUAUGGGUGUGCUUGUAAUCGUUAAGGACUGGGGAGUUUUUUCAGGAUUAAAAAGAAACGGAAUGGAGCUAAGCACAGGCAAAAUCCUACAGGAAAACCUGGUUCAGUCUGCUUUGGUAUUUGGUAUAUUUUGUUAUUUUAUUAGCUGCAUCUACUCUUCCUGGGGUCCACACAGAACAUGAAACAUGACAUAAUAUAGAACAUUAAUAGACAAGAACAGCUCCCCAACACUGGGAGAUGAAUUCACCUUUCAGCAGGACAAUAGCCUAAAACACAAGGCCAAAUAUACACUGGAGUUGCUUACCAAGACGACAUUGAAUGUUCCUGAGUGGCCUAGUUGCAGUUUUGACUUAAAUCAGCUUGACAAUCUAUGGCAAAACUUGAAAAUGGCUGUCUAGCAAUGAUUAAAAACCAACUUGAAGAAUUUAAAAGAAUAAUGUGCAAAUAUUGUACAAUCCAGGUGUGCAAAGCUCUUAGAGACUUACCCAGAAAAGCUCACAGCUGUAAUCGCUGCCAAAGGUGAUUCUAACAUGUAUUGAUUCAGGGGUGUGAAUACUUAUGUAAAUGAGAUAUUUCUGUAUUUAAUUUCCAAAACAUUUGCAAAACAUAUUUUCACUUUGUCAUUGUGGGGUAUUGGGUGAGAUUCCCUUUUGAAUUCAGGCUGUAACACAACAAAAUGUAAAAUAAGUCAAGGGGUGUGAAUACUUUCAGAAGGCACUGUACAAGUAAGUGAUGUGUGGCGCGUGACAAGCACAACACAGUUUGCAUGUGACUUCCUCCUCGUUGCACCUCAGUGCUCCCCUUUUGUGAAACCCUAAACCGUCAUGAUGCACACGUAUAGUCUUCAUGUGGCCCAUGCUGCCCAUCUCACGGUUUACAACUCAGUAAACCCUAGCUGCAAGGCAAGUAGGGGACAGUAUUACCUCCUAACUAUAGCAUAGAGAUGCCCUGUUACAAAGACAACCAGAUCACGACUUGGAGGAGUAUUCCCAUUCUGAUCAGAGAUGCGCUAGAAAGUUACAUUUUACAGUAUUUUACAAUAUUGUUUUACAGUAUUUACAGUACUUUUCCCACUGGUAUUAACUUGGUAUUUACUAGGAAAUUAUGUGGUAUCAAUGGUACUUUCUUGUUCUUGUGUCAUUCCACAAAAUGAUUGCCUUUUGCGUCCCUUUGAUAUUUUAAGUAGAACUUGCGCACCAAUAUUUAAUUUUAAAAGCCUGUUAUAUUCAAUUAAGUGUCCUUUUAAUAUAGACCACAUGGAGAAUUCAAUAAAUACAUUUUUAAUAUGGAUAAAGACUUCCUAAAGUGCCAAAAUCCAGCAUUUCCUCAGUGCACUCUCUGUGACAUCCAGGAAGAUUUUAACCCACUUAACCCUUACAUUUCUCAAAAUUGUCACCAUGAUUGUAAAGCCCUAGUUAUUUUGUUGCUUUAGCAAAGUCAUUUCUGAAAAUGUGAUUAGUAAUUCAUUUGAAGGUUAAAAAAAACCUGCCCCUUAUUUUAAGGUCAACCCUGUUACAUGAACUGUACUCUUGUUUUAAUAUAGUGAAACUAUUCCUUCAAAGUGAACAUCUAAUAGUCAAAUCAUAGUAUAAAAGCAGGUGAGAUGGUUCUACUCUUUUUGGCCAUUUUGUGGUAGAAAACCGAGUGGGUCGAGCAUAACACAUCAACCCUGUGGAUAGAUGGACAGGCUAGAAAUGUUUUAACAAUUCAUUUUUUGAAUGAAGCUUGCAUUCAAUUGCCCCUCUCUGUUGCACACAACAAGAGUCCACUUCCGCUGUCAGAAGGGGAUUUAUAGGGUUGAGUAAAUUGUCAACCCUGUUACGGUCAACCCUGUUACUUUAUUUGGCACUUAAUUGGCACUUACUGUACUAUAGUAUUUUUGUGUGUUUUUUAUUAAGUUGAACAUUUGCUCUUUAUUAAAGAAUGUUAAAAUUUGGUGAAAUCAAAAGUAAUUUUUCACCAAGUUACAGAACUCAAAAGGCACAAAAUUGGUGGAACCACCCACUUACAGUGGGGGAAAAAAGUAUUUAGUCAGCCACCAAUUGUGCAAGUUCUCCCACUUAAAAAGAUGAGAGAGGCCUGUAAUUUUCAUCAUAGGUACACGUCAACUAUGACAGACAAAAUGAGAAAAUUCCAGAAAAAAAUCCAGAAAAUCACAUUGUAGGAUUUUUUAUGAAUUUAUUUGCAAAUUAUGGUGGAAAAUAAGUAUUUGGUCAAUAACAAAAGUUUCUCAAUACUUUGUUAUAUACCCUUUGUUGGCAAUGACACAGGUCAAAUGUUUUCUGUAAGUCUUCGCAAGGUUUUCACACACUGUUGCUGGUAUUUUGGCCCAUUCCUCCAUGCAGAUCUCAUCUAGAGCAGUGAUGUUUUGGGGCUGUCACUGGGCAACACAGACUUUCAACUCCCUCCAAAGAUUUUCUAUGGGGUUGAGAUCUGGAGACUGGCUAGGCCACUCCAGGACCUUGAAAUGCUUCUUACGAAGCCACUCCUUCGUUGCCCGGGCGGUGUGUUUGGGAUCAUUGUCAUGCUGAAAGACCCAGCCACGUUUCAUCUUCAAUGCCCUUGCUGAUGGAAGGAGGUUUUCACUCAAAAUCUCACGAUACAUGGCUCCAUUCAUUCUUUCCUUUACACGGAUCAGUCGUCCUGGUCCCUUUGCAGAAAAACAGCCCCAAAGCAUGAUGUUUCCACCCCCAUGCUUCACAGUAGGUAUGGUGUUCUUUGGAUGCAACUCAGCAUUCUUUGUCCUCCAAACACGACGAGUUGAGUUUUUACCAAAAAGUUUUAUUUUGGUUUCAUCUGACCAUAUGACAUUCUCCCAAUCCUCUUCUGGAUCAUCCAAAUGCACUCUAGCAAACUUCAGACGGGCCUGGACAUGUACUGGCUUAAGCAGGGGGACACGUCUGGCACUGCAGGAUUUGAGUCCCUGGCGGCGUAGUGUGUUACUGAUGGUAGGCUUUGUUACUUUGGUCCCAGCUCUCUGCAGGUCAUUCACUAGGUCCCCCCGUGUGGUUCUGGGAUUUUUGCUCACCGUUCUUGUGAUCAUUUUGACCCCACGGGGUGAGAUCUUGCGUGGAGCCCCAGAUCGAGGGAGAUUAUCAGUGGUCUUGUAUGUCUUCCAUUUCCUAAUAAUUGCUCCCACAGUUGAUUUCUUCAAACCAAGCUGCUUACCUAUUGCAGAUUCAGUCUUCCCAGCCUGGUGCAGGUCUACAAUUUUGUUUCUGGUGUCCUUUGACAGCUCUUUGGUCUUUGCCAUAGUGGAGUUUGGAGUGUGACUGUUUGAGGUUAUGGACAGGUGUCUUUUAUACUGAUAACAAGUUAAAACAGGUGCCAUUAAUACAGGUAACGAGUGGAGGACAGAGGAGCCUCUUAAAGAAGAAGUUACAGGUCUGUGAGAGCCAGAAAUCUUGCUUGUUUGUAGGUGACCAAAUACUUAUUUUCCACCAUAAUUUGCAAAUAAAUUCAUAAAAAAUCCUACAAUGUGAUUUUCUGGAUUUUUCUUCCUCAAUUUGUCUGUCAUAGUUGAUGUGUACCUAUGAUGAAAAUUACAGGCCUCUCUCAUCUUUUUAAGUGGGAGAACUUGCACAAUUGGUGGCUGACUAAAUACUUUUUUUCCCCCACUGUAUACAACACAAUUGGUAACUACUUGUUACCAAAUCAAUCUUCAUGAAACAAGCACGUAAAUCAUUAAUACUGUAUUGUUACCAAUUUACCGUCUACCUUUUAAGUAAUGCCUGGUUAUUUCGGUACCAUAAAGUAAAAUACUACCAAAAAAUCAUGUUUGCUCCCAAAACCACCGGGGUUCUCUUCUAUCUCAUCUGACCUUUUAUUCUACCCUUCAUAAGACGUUCUAUUUUUUUAUUCCCGCCAUGCAGCUGUCAGCUCCAGCGUUGACCUACGACCCCUUGUUCUCCCUCUGGCUCUUAGCACUGUGGUCUCCAUGCUCCUCACUCACACACACAAUUCCCUCUUCUCCUAA